GACUUCCCAGUCAACAUGGCUGCGCCCAGGCACAGGCCGCUUUGGUUCGCUCUCGCUUGCUGGGCUGUGUGGCUCCGCGCCGCCGUGUGCUUGGAGGGAGGCCAAGGCACCUGUGGCUGCAGCAGCGCCAACCGGGCGAGCGGCGAAGAAGCAGCCGCGAGGAAGUACUCCCUGGAGGCGAAUGUCGCCCAUCAGCCAAGAGGCGGGCCGGAAAGCCCGCAAUCGAAAGAGGAGGGCAGGCAGGUAGGUGGGUGGGUCAAGCGAAAGCGGUCGAAGGAUAGCUGUGGGAAGAAGAAAGGGGCGGUACAGAUGGUGGCACCGCAGAGACCAGAUUAGGAGCACGGCGAAGUUUGGUGAACAUCUUCCAGUGGAGUCUACGGAUGGCAUUUGAUCCGAACCAAUGGCUUAAAGGUAUAAGAAAGGAGAUUACCACGGAACAACUUUGACUGUUCGGCUGUGGAACAGACUCCCACAAGAGGUGGUGGGCUUCCUUGGUUUGUUUGUUUUUUAAGCAGAGGACUGAAUGGCCAUCUGUCAUGUAUGAUCUAGCUGAGAUUCCUACAUUGCUGGAGGUUGGGCUACAUGACCCAGUCAGAGUCCUUUCCAACUCUACAAUAUGAUCCAAAGAGGACCUCAGGCUAAGGUUACCCAGGAAGUGUUGUGUGAACAAGUGUGGCUGUGUGCUUAAGUCUAAGGCAUAUUAUAGCCUUCCUCUGUGUGUACCCUUGAGUACCACCAGAAAAAAUCAACCACUGGCCUUUCUCAGCCUGGUGUUAUCCAGAUAAUUAGGGCUAAAAUUCGCAUAAUCUCUUCCUGCCUGCCAGGCUGACUGAGGAGCUCUAGGGAAGUGGCUGGGCAAAGGCAAAAAUCUCUCAGACCUGUGCCUAGAAAGCACGACUACUGGAAAACCUCUAGGCCCUGUGCUCUCUAGGCAUGGGGCAAACAGAAAUGGGGAUAAGCCCAUAUUGUGGAGGUAGCCAUAGGUUUUGCUCUUCAGCUAACAUAUCACAUGAGAGCUGGGUUGAUCAAAAUACCAUUUCACCAGCUACCUUUGUUUAGUUUGUUGUGAAGAGGCCACAUUUUCUCAUUAAUAAACUUAAGUAUCUUUUUCUCCUGUGACAACACCCACAACAUCUUGUGGAAUUUUUGUUAUUUCUAUCAAUAAUAUGGCCAUUCUAUACCUCAGAAAGCAGAAAUGGAAUGAUUUGUACAAGUUCUUUUUCACAGCUCAUGAGGAUCCUAGGAGCUUGAUUGCUUCACAGAUUUGAUCUGGUCUGGAAUUUAGAUUCUCCUGUUCAUUGUUGGGUAUAGCCAUGCCGGCCCAACUGCACUGGCUGCCAAUUAGUUUCUGGGCCCAAUUCAAAAUGCUAUUUUUGACCUAUAAAGCCUUAAAGGCCCAGGACUGCAAUACCUCAAGGACUGCCUCUCCCCAUAUGAACCGACCCAGAACGGGUGAUCAUCAUCUGAGGCCCUUCUUUAUGUGCCUCCUCCACAAGAGGUCCAGAGAGUAGAAAUAUAAAAAUGGGCCUUUUCUUCAGUGGCUCCCCACUUGUGCAAUGCUCUUCCUCAGGGAGCCUUGUCUGGCACCUUCAUUACAUAUCUUUAGGCACUAGGUGAAAACAUUUCUUUUUAAUCAGCCCUUAUAAUACUUACAGUAAUAGUAAUAAUGCCUAACAACUCAUUGAUUUGAAACAGGAGCACCAUUAAUGUGAUGGCACUCAAAGAUCUCAGGCAAAUCACUUUCUCAGCCCUUACAAUGGGUAUUAUUUAUUUAUUUAUUUAAUUAAAUUUAUAUACACUCUUCAUCACAUGAUCUUAGGGCGGUUCACAGAAUAAAAUACAAGAUAAAAACACAAGUAAAUAAUUAAAGCAAAAACAAUAAAAUAAUACCCCCCCUUCCCACAGACACAUUUAAAAGGCUGUAAAAUAUUAAUCAGUCCAAGGCCUGGUUGAAGAGGGACGUUUUCACCUGGCGCCUAAUAAUAUAUAAUGAAGGCGCCAGGCGAACCUCCCUGGGGAGAGCAUUCCACAAACGGGGAGUCAUUGCAGAGAAGGCCUGUUCUUGUGUUGCCAUCCUCCAGACCUCAUGUGGAGGAGCAACAGGAAGAAGGGCCUCAGAUGAUGAAUGCAGAGUCCAGGACUCUGAAACGGGGGAUUGCAAAUGGGAUUCCUUCAUUAAGGCAGAACAUGCAUGCAGUCCAGUGUUGGAAUGCUCAGAUCCUUAAAUAUAUGUUAGCCCAUACAUAAGAUAUAAAACUGUCUUCAGAUCUGCACACAGCUACCCUAGAGUUUGAUGCUGUUGCAUGGAAACGGAAAAUAUUUCAGUGCUGUCUUGACCAUUGAAUUCCGAACUGUCUAGUAGAGUAAAGGUCUGGUUGCAUGGUUGCAAGUGCAGCUUGAUAAAGAGUCUAUCCCAAUGAACAGAUAUAUGAUUGUGUUGUUAAUUUUAAUUGGAUGACUGAUACCUAGCAAGCAUGACUGGGUGUGGGAUGACCACUGUCAAUGCUAAAUAGAACUCAUUUCUGAGAAUGCUUGUACAGUUCUGCCAGUCUUUUUUGGGUUGAUUGUAAGGUAAUUAGAAUUUCCAGCUUUCUUUUAGGAUUCUGGAAGGAGCAUGGCAAAUCUAAGGUUAUUGACAUGAUUGUAUUUUGUGUGGAUAUGAUUUUAAGCAAGUUUCUAGAAGACCAUAUGAUUGCAAAAGAAGUGAAAUUGAAUCCCAGGACCCGUUCACACAACAUUGGCAAAGAAAGAGUCCUGACAUUGGUGUCUCCUCAUGGUGUCUGAAACGUGGCAUCUGGACAGGUGUGGUGCCCUAGCUUUUCCCAAGUCUCCAUGGUUGAAGUCAUUGAAGUGCUUCCUAAGACCACUAAAUCAAGAUAGGAAGCAUGCAUUUAAUUCAGCGGCUGUCCUAUUCUUGGGGCUUCUGGCAAUUUGAAGAUACCUUCUUACUUCUUACUAUAUUAUAUAAUCAGUCUUCUAGCCUGCAGCUGCUUUUUUGCAUAUAGUAGGUGUCUUUGGGAGGGCGUGUGCCAACUGCAGUAUUGGCAGUGGGUAGUUAUCUAGGAGCUGGUGGGCAAUUUCUGCUAGAGGCAGAAUGUAUUACAUAGCACACAUGUACAAUACGUUCAUAAAUUGCAGGGUUCACUCUGCAUCUUAUUUGCAGAGCCUUCAAAUACUUAAAAGGCUUCCAGGAAGAAGAGGUAUAAGUGCUUGCCUUAUUUCCUUACAAUUGCUCAUCUUUGCAUUACUGAGGAGAAUACAAUGCGCAGCAGUUCUGAAUUUACUUAAGGAAGAGCAAUUCAAGUGAAGAAACUUAAGUAGGGCUUUGGAAUCUAUUUCCUUAAGGGGUUUCAAGAACAGUUUGGUAGUGCUUCUUGAAGAUGCUCCCCAUCCAAAUAAUUGCUAAGUCUUGGCAGUGGUUUUUCUGCCUGUUGUGGCAAUUGUAAUGCACUAUGCGAGAUGCUAUAUGAUUUUUAAUAGUAUUUUCUUGCUUCUUUUAUUUCUUAUUGUAAAGGUAUAGGACCCCUGGACAGUUAAGGCCAGUUGAAUUCGACUAUGGGGUGUGGUGCUCAUCUCCGCUUUCAGGCUGAGGUAGCCAGUGUUUGUCUGCAGACAGCUUUUCCGGGUCAUCUGGCCAGCAUGACUAAACUGCUCCUGGUGCACAGAACACCGGAACACCGUGUCGAGUGCCAGAGUGCACAGAAACACUGUUUACUUUCCUGCCGCAGCAGUACCUAUUAAUCUACUUGCAUUGGUUUGCUUUCGAAUGCUAGGUCAGCAGGAGCUGGGACAAAGCAAUGGGAGCCCACCCUGUCGCAUGGAUUCAAACUGCCCGCCUUAUGAUUGGCAAGCCCAAGAGGCUUGGUGGUUUAGACCACAGCACCACCCGCAUCCCGGUAUAUUUAUAUACCUUUAUAUUUUAUUGUAUUACAGUUUGAAUUCCAUGAACAUUUAAUAUGGUUAAUGUGCCAUCUCCCAUCUUUAACCAGAAACCCACAGACAAGCUGUGGACCAACUGAAUGAAGUUUGUGGACCAUUGCUGGACCACAGCUUAGGAGCCCCUGGCAAGGGCCUUCUUCCUGCUACCUAUCAGGUAAUUUCCAAUGUCAUGCUUCUGCAAAAUCAGUAGAACUACAGUGGUGCCUCGCAAGACGAAAUUAAUCCGUUCCGCGAGUAUCUUCGUCUAGCGGUUUUUUCGUCUUGCGAAGCAACCCGAUUAGCGGAUUAGCGGAUUAGCGCUAUUAGCGGUUUAGCGGCUAUUAAAGGCUUAGCGGCUUAGCGACUUAGCUGCUAAAAGGCUAUUAAAGGCUUAGCGGCUUAGAAAAAAGGGGGGGGAGCGAAAAAAAAUCUCAAGACUCGCAAGACAUUUUCGUCUUGCGAAGCAAGCCCAUAGGGAAAUUCGUCUUGCGAAGUGCAUUGAAAAACGGUAAACCCUUUCGUCUAGCGGGUUUUCCGUCUUACGAGGCAUUCGUCUUGCGGGGCACCACUGUAAUUUGAAGCAAUUGCAAAGUUGCUAGCUUGAAAGACCUUAUAAACCACACUGUGGUCUGGUUUUAGUGGUUUCCGAAUUAUCUUCAGGAAACAUGGCAUGGAAAUGUGCAGUCAGUGUUAAUUUCAGUUGUAAGCAAAAUAAAACCCAGGCACUCCGUGAACCUUCUAGAUUUUGUUAUCUUCUGUAUCCAAGAUUUUAGGACAGCACAUACUGUUUUGGGUGAUGCGAUACAGAAUGUUGCGUAUGCCUGCCAAUGCCUUUUGCUGAAUAGGAAUUGGAUCUGCAAAGCUACUGGUAGAUGGAUCUUGUGUGCUGCUGGAGUUAUUAGAAUCAGGGGGUUGACGCCAUGCAAGAGGAUGAAUUGUGUAAUUGGCUAGUAUAUUUGAUGCUUUGCUCAGCUCUGCCAAUUCUGUCCUGAUUAAUUUGAGCGGCUUUGUGGCAAGCACUUUACAAGCAUGCCCCUUCAUGUCAUUACUUUUUGCUGAAUGCCCCUGGCUGUUUCUUUUGUUGCACAGCAGCAUUUUGAUAAAUGCUUCCCAGAACUGCCCACAACCUCUCAUACUGAACUUACAGUCUCAGUUGUUGGUUGUUCCAUAAUUCUAAGUUAGAGCAAUAAGUGCUAGUGGUCCAGGACUGCAGGAGCAGCCAGUCUUUAUCUCUCAACGUUUUAUCAUUCAUUGUCUGGAAAUGACUAGAGCAGAACUGAUGGCCGGGAAUCUCUCUCUGGUCUUCCUUUUCCCAAUAGAGUAUGGUGAGUACAGCUAUCUUUGCUGCUGUUUCUGGGACCUAGAAGUUUUCAUAUUCUGAGUAGGUGACGCCAGAAACUUCUAAAAAUGGCGAAGCUAAGGAGCUGGGGCCACCCAUAACCACCCCAUAUAGCUGCAGCAAGUGCAGGAGGCUUUGCCACCACAUAUUUGCUUAGGGCAGGAAUGGGGAACCUGUAGCCCUCUGGAUGAUGUUGGACUGCAAUUCCCAUGAAGCCCAGUUGACAUGGCCAAUAGCUAGGGAUGAUGGGAGUUGUAGUCCCUGGUUUAGGGAAAUAUGUAGCUGAUUCCUUAUUAAAGACAAAACAAGGUACACAAGUAUACAUCAUAAUAAUACUCAAGGGUGUUUUUAUGCUACAUAAUACUGGAUAGAAACAACAUUUGAAGUCAGUGUGGUGCUGUGAUCAGAGUGUUUUGUUUAUUCCUAUACAGUGGUACCUUGGGUUAAGUACUUAAUUCGUUCCGGAGGUCCGUUCUUAACCUGAAACUGUUCUUAACCUGAAGCACCACUUUAGCUAAUGGGGCCUCCCGCUGCCGCCGCACCGCCAGAGCACGAUUUCUGUUCUCAUCCUGAAGCAAAGUUCUUAACCUGAAGCACUAUUUCUGGGUUAGCGGAGCCACUCUAAGGGGCUUGAGGCAGUGUACAUGGUUUUGCCCAUCCUCUCCUCCUUAAGUUUUAUCCUUGCAAAAAAAACCCUGUGAAGAUAGUGCUUGGUCCAGGGUCACUUUGUGAGAUACAUUGCGUUGGCUCCCCAUGUUGUGUCUUGGUUUUGGGAGACGCAGGUUCAAAUCUCCUCUUGGCCUUUUACUGUGUGACUUAGACAAGUCACUGUCUAUUGGAUUACCCUAUUUUUAAAGGAGUACACUAUGAGGUGAAUGGAAGUUCAACAGAACUGCAAAGCACUGUUGUGUCUUUGAGCUACCAUUAUUUAUCUCGCUAACUUUUCCUCGUGACUUUAGAACAACUUUGACUUGAGCAAAAGCAAUUUUCCAUUUGCAAAGAGCUUUGCAAACUCAGCACAUUCUGGCACUGUGCCAGGAGGAUAUUAAUUAAUUGGAUGUCUCAACUCCUAAAACUCAUUUUUACUGAGGAAAAUAUGAUUUGUGAACAUAAUCCUCCCCUACUUCCCCCCCUAUUUGUAUAUUAGAUAUUUGCAUGUUAGCUAAUACAUUGAGCACAACUAUUGUUUGUUUGAUAGGGAAAAAAAUAAAAGUCAGAGGCUAUAAAAUAAAAAGCGAUCUUUCCCUUCAUUCCAGCUCUUUCAGACAUUGGCAGCAAACCUUAGAAUGCCAAGGACAACCUAAAAGGAAAAUAAUUUCACCAUUAAGAAGUUUAAAGACUCCAAGUUCUUCUGCGAAGGGCUAAUAUAUGAAACUGCAUGCUUGCAUGUUUUGCUUCUGUGCUGAUAACACUUCCAGUUUUUUAUCCUGUGUCUUGGAAUGUGUCUGAAAUUUUGAACUGGAGCUUAUUCUAGUAACAUAUCUUUGUGGUAUGGUUGCUGUUCCCUCAUAUUUGGCUUCCAUGAUUGCCCUCCUCAGGCACCCUCCUCACAUUUAUUUAUUCAUUCAUUCAUUCAUUCAUUCACUCACUCACUCACAGGGCAGUUUACAGUAUAAAUCACAUGUUAAACCAACAGUCAGUUUGGAGACAAGCGUGCAAAGCUCUGACCGCUCCACGUGUUGGAGGUUGAAUUUCUGAAACGAGAAAACAUCUGCACUCAAGGAACUUCCCUCAAAAUUUAGAAACUUGGUCUUCCAACUUAUUUAUUUAAUCAAUUUGUAUACUGCCUUCCAAGAAAGAAAGAAAAAACCAUUCCCAAACUGUGCUUGCCCCAGCUGUUGUGUUUUACAUGCAGGUAGAAUAUCUUAAGUGUGCUAAUUCAUUAGUAACACCUGUAGGUCUAUAUCAUGUGUCACCCAAAUUUUUGUUGAUGUUUAGUUUGUGGUUUAUCCUGUCAGAAUGAAAGGUGGUAUAUAAAUUCUUAUGAUAAAUAAAUAAAUAUUGUUGGCACUGCCCCUGCACCCGAAGCUUUUAUAAAAGAAACUUCUCUUUCUGCGCCUGCUAAAAAUUGGACUCUUGUAUGGUUUUCCAGCCUCGGAAUGAUUGGUGGCUGCAUUGGAAAUGGCUGAAUGGCAUGCCAAUAAAUUGGCAUCCUGUAGUCAUUCAUUCCCAAGUAUCCGUCCCCUUUACAUUGCUCAUAAAAUUCAUUUAUUUAUAAAAAAGUAUUUCUGUACCACUGUGUCAUAAAAAUAUAUCACAGCAGUUUACAACAGUAUAAAACCAUACGGUGAAAAACAUGAAAAGUUAAAAACAAGUUAAAAUGGGGAAAAAAAUCAGUAAGCCAUUGUGGGGGAUUACUCAUAAUCACCUGCAUAGGCCUGCUGGAAUAGAAAAAUUUUCAGCAGGCAUUCAACAGUUGACACUUGUUGUUGUUAUGACAUAAGGCUGGGGAGCGGAGCGGAAGGAUGAACAGUGAAAUGUCCAGAAUGCAUUUCUAAUGAUUUAUAUAUAUAUAUAUUCACAUGUUAACACUAAGUCAGGGAACUAUGAUGAUGAUGAUGAUGAUGAUGAUAAUAAUAAUAAUAAAUUAUUUAUUUAUACCCCGACCAUCUGGCUGGGUUUCCCCAGCCACUCUGGGUGCUUCCCAACAGAAUAUGAAUAAUAAUAAAGUGAUAAAAUGCCAAACAUUAAAAAUGUCCUUAAACAGGACUGCCUUCAGAUGUCUUCUAAAAGUCAGAUAGUUGUUUAUUUCCUUGACAUCUGAUUUAAGGGCGUUCCACAGAUGGGUGCCACUACCAAGAAGGCCCUCUGCCUGGUUCCCUGUAAUCUUACUUCUCGCAGCGAGGGAACCGCCAGAAGGCUCUCUGUGCUGGACCUCAGUGUCUGGGCUGAACGAUGGGGGUGGAGACGCUCCUUCAGGUAUACUGGAGUCAAACAACAGUGAGACGACACAUUGGCUACCCCUGCUCUGGGCCGUAAAGUGUGUUAUUGCACCAUGCUGUUCAGAAGCUGUGAACAGCGUUUCUGCUCUGCACGAGCAAGUAAACAAACCAUAAACAGUUUAUCUUAGUGUAACGUCUGAAUCCAGGGCCUGUGGUCUAUUCCAUCCUUAACAAGCUGCGACCAUGGUUUCAACAGCAAGUCAUGAUUUAAGGCUGCCCUGCGAUCAUAUUUCAUUGGAGCAAAACAAAACCUGGUCUGAGGUUCAGCUGUCGUACUACGCUUCAUGGCUUGUUGCCCUACUCAUGUGAUGGGAGAAGCAAAAUGGGUAUGUGUGCUACACAAGCAGCUGAUCUUACCUGCCCCCCUCACCUGACAUCUCUAUGAUGCCAGAUGUGUGACAGGUGGUUGAGAUUUGGGGACCUGGCAAACCAAGGGGGAGAGGCCUGGUGGGCCAUAUCUGGCCUGCAAGCAGAUCCCUCACCCCUCUAUAUAACAUAAACAAGUUUGAAUUCUGCUGGAGACGGAAAACCAACAUUGAUGUUAAAUAGCAAUACAAAUUGGACUCCCUUGGGAUGUUGUCGACUCGCCUUUCUUGGAGGUUUUUAAGCAGAGGUUGGAUGGCCAUUUGUCAUAGAUUCUUUAGUAGAGAUUCUUGCAUUGCAAGGGGUUGGACUAGGUGACUUUUGGGGUUCAUUCCAGCUCUACAGUCCUGUGAUUCUUUGAAAUGAAGAGCAUGCACCUUAGGAGCUAUAUUUCCUUUACAGCUAAGGCUGAAAAUAAUCCACACAGGUACAUAAUUAAAGGUAGGCUGAAAUUCAGCUUCAAGGACAAUAUUGAGAGGCUGUUUGUUUUUGUUUUUUUAAACUGUGCAUUGACGGGCGAGAAUCUGCCUGCAUACGUCAGUGUGGGAUGAUUCAGUCGCUGAAGCAUAAAAGAAGGGUUUUUGUUCUUCUGCCUUUAAUUUUUGAAAUGCUCCUGUUCUUGUGUGUGCUCCAGAGAUAACCGAGGGGUGAGCUAUUAAUCUGUGAUUUCUGAGCCAACUUGGAACAGCUACCUUAGCAGUAGUGAGUCAGCAAGAAAUGGGAAGAUAGGCAGAGCUGCAGUUCAUACCUUUGUCAUAGUCUUGCAUUUUAUUUAGAUCAAAAGAAACUCGCACACACAAAUAAUUGCGCCCCGCCAAGCAAUAAACCAAGGAAGACAGAACACAGAACUCCUCAGCUGAUGGGUUCUGUUGAUGAUGAUCACAAGGCAUUUAGGCAACUGCUGUGCUUGAGAGAUGCAGGAGGUAUUUUUAAUAUUAAAUCCAGCCCAAGCUUAGGAAAUAAACAGAAUUCUGUUGAAAGCAUGUGUGUCUCUUUUUCUUUAGGGAACUUCCCAGUUCUGGUUGCGCUGCUAACUUUUGUGCCCAUUUUGUAUUUGGCUUGAUUAUAAAGAAAUCUAAUGGAGCUAAAUCUCUGUGCUGGGAAAUGUUCUACCUGUUGGAUUUUUGCCUGCUAGGUGGUUGUGUCCAGGCACAGGAGGGAUAAAGAAAGAAAUAGAAAAUAAAAAGAUGAUCCAGUCUUAGAGCACAACAGUUUGGAGGUUUAUUUGAAUAUAGACUGCAGUUUUUGUUCACUGACAGCCUUCUUGCUUGAGACUUACAAUAAACCAAAUAUAUUAGUGCUGUUUUGAAAGGUCCGGUCUACCAUCUUGAUUCAAGAUGGCAUCCAAAUGUUAUUCAGAAAUAGACUUUCUGCCUCCCUGUAGUCAGGAUAGUCUGUAUUAUUUUGUCUUCAUUUGUUCUUCAAACUUCAUCUCAGUCUUCUUUGAAGCACACCUUUAUAUAUACCCCCAUUGUCAUUUACCUCUUUUGCAUUCAGUGUCUACUGAUUCCCCAUCCCGCUCUGUUUUGCCUGUGUAAUACAGUAGAGCUUCAGAUAUCCCCACUAUCAACAACCUGAAGCUCCCUCAGCCCCUUUAAGUAACUUAAAUCCAUUGAUUUCAAUGGGUCUACUGUGAGAAGCACUAACAUUGACGAUUACCCAAUAUGACCUCAGUGUAAAGUUGUUGGUCAGUGGCACGCCGGCGACCAUACAAGUACAGCAAUUGCUUCUUUCCACAUCCAGCAUGGAAGGAAAGUGAGGAGCUUUGCUGAUAUGUACUUUCCUGGAACAGCCUUCUUCAUUUUGCAGAUGGCCUCUAUUCCAGCCGGAGUUUUCACGAUGGGAACUGAUGAGCCUGCUAUACAACAAGAUGGAGAGUCACCCGCCAGGAGAGUCCACAUUGACCAUUUCUUCAUGGAUCGCUAUGAAGUCAGCAAUGCAGAAUUUGAGAAGUUUGUGAAUGCCACUGGCUACCUCACAGAGGUAGGGAACAGAAAUGUUUGGGGGGCUUUUUCACAGCAACGUUGCAGGAAAACAGUAACUUACAAAGCGAUCAUAUGUGAUGGAUUAAGAUAAAAUAAAAUAAAUAAUAUAAUACAGGCGACUUCCCACUUAAGAGGGGGUUACGUUCCGGGCCCCUGUGCACAUAAGCAAAAUGUGUGGAAAUGGGGAGCCUCGUCAGAGCAGGGAACUAGGGCAAUUUAAGAGGCAUCAGAAAUAACUUUUUCUUUUAUACUGUACCUUUGCCUCCCGAUCACCAGAAAGGGCAGGGAACAGCCCUUCUGAUCCUGCUGCAAUACAGUUUCCUGCCCAACAGCUGUUGAGCAGGGUAGCGCUGCAGCAGUGAGAGGUCCCGUGCGCCAUUUUGGGAGCCCAUAGGUUCUUUUUAAAAAGCCUUUCAAAUACUUAUUUCUGGACUUUUGGCUCAAUGAUGUUCUUUUCAGGCUCUGAGGAGAGACUCCUCAUGAGCCUUGAGGACUUUCCAGCUCUUUCUCGCCAUUUCCAGAAUUGCUUGCUUGACUGAUUUUCUGGCGCCACAAGUAUACGUGAUAGCCGCUGACUUCUGGUCCUGCCCUGAGAAGAUUCACCCUACUUAAUAAUAAUAUAAAAUGUUUUUGCAUAGUGAACCAUUUUCCAUGGAUUUGCUGGUCUUCAAAUCCCACCUUAAUGACAAGUUCAUUAGAUGCUUCUGAUCAGGCUGCUUUCUUUCAGCUUCUCCCUUACUUAAUAAUAUCUCUGAUAUGAGCAUGAUUGUAUCCCUCAAGUUUCAUUUCAGCUUUUAAAAAUAAACUUCUAAAUAAUAAUAAUAAUUGAAUCUGAAAUAUUAUAAAAUAGUAUUCCCAAUCAAUGGAAGUAGAAAUGUUUGCUGCAGCUGCCAUCUGCUCUUCUAAUCAGAACCAACAGUUGUUGUUUUUUAUUAUUAUUAUUUAUUAUUACUAUUAUUUCCUGUUAUUUCUAUACUGACCUUCAUUUAAGGAUCGCAGGGUAGUUUACAACAGAAAAACACAAAAAUGCAUACCAUAGUAAUAAAUAAAAACAAUACCCUCCCUCCACACAGUUUAAAAGGCCAUAGAUUGUUUAAUUAGCCAAAAGCCUAAGAGAAGAGGAAUGUUUUUGCCUGGUACAAAAGUGCCAGGGCCAAGCCUCCCUGGGGAGAGUGUUCGAGGAGCAGGAAGCCACCGCAGAAAAGGCCUGUUCUCAUGUUGCCAGCCUUCAGACCUCUUGCGGAGGAGACAUACAAAGAAGGGCCUCAGAAGAUGAUCUCGGGGUCCGAGUCACUUUAUAUCUUAACAAUGGCUUUAGGAAGUUCCUGGGUGUAUCAGUGCCAACUUCUGUGGUGUUAAGCUCCCUUCUUUUGGCUGAGAUGGAUUUAAAGGGAGGUUUAGACCACAGUUAAGUUCACUGGGUAGGGUUUAUUUCGUAGUCUGUGAGGGAGAAAAAUAGCUUUAGGAACGAUCAUGACCUUGAGCAGAGCGAUCUUGUCAUCUCCCUGUGAGUCUGCCACAUGGCGUAUUACUUCCUUUAACAACAAACUCUGAAUUGCUGUUAGGGAGGAUUAAGUAAAGGCCAUUGUGCGCUUAAUUGUCUGAUUUGAUGCUUUCUUCUUUUGGCAUUUUGGAAAUGAAAACACUGGUGCUGCAAGCAUGCAAAUCCAAUUGACUUAGAGUUGUCUCUUCUUCUCUCUCUCUCCCCCCCCCCCUUUCUUCUUCUCAGGCAGAAAGAUUUGGAGAUUCCUUUGUAUUUGAAGGUGUGUUGAGUGAACAAGUGAAGACUGGAAUUCAUCAAGCUGUGAGUCACAUACCUUCCUAGCUAUUGUGUUCUGGCCUGAUAAUUCAAGGCUGUGAACAUUUUAUAGUAAUAAUACUAAUAAGUCCGUUGUAAUCAAAGUAUGCGGAGACCUGCAAAGAUGUGUUAGAUUUCAGUACAGGAAACAUUAUCAUAAUUAUUUUCAAGGAUUAUUAGUUCACGUUAAUUUUGUCCGUUGUAUUCCUCAAACACCUUGGGAGAAGAGCAAAUACAAGUACAAAGGAAAAAGUAUAAGAAAUAAAUGAGGAGGUGGUGGCUGGAUUUUCUCUCCUUUCUAGCUCAGCCUACACUCGAGUAGGACCCUGGCAGAGCUAUAUGCCUGACUGGCAUGUUCUCUUUUUUUUUAAUAUAUGAUUGUCAGGGAACUGACAUCAGAGCGAGAGGCGAAGGGGAGGCUCCUGGAUGAUGCUGGAGAAGGACCCAGCAGCAGGGGGAGAGGCGACUCAGUGGAGGGGGAAGCAUUUAAGCGCAACACCAGGAACAAAAGUGAGCAGAUGGGAAAAUCGGAGAGAGGGCUCACGGACUCUUCACUGGAACUCAGUGAGGAGGGGACAGGUCCCCGCUACCCACGCCCACCCUGCGCAGAAGGCUCCCGCGCAGUGAGAGGCGGAGGCGAUUGGGUGUCAAACAGCUCUUAUGUUGGAAGAGAUUCAAGAAACGCCCACUGACGGAUUCUGCUAGUGACUGAGACAGUCCUGAUCAGAAGGGGCUGUGCAGUCAGAAAGGUUUAACAAGGCAAAUCAGCCUAGAGAGGCACCAGUUUACGCACGAGUAACUCAUACUCAUUAUAGCAAUCCGUCAGUCCCUGAAAGUUGCUCGUGCGCAGCAGCAGGCAGGCAGCAUCAUGAGCAAGCCCGGAGAAGCAGGCGCCCAAGGGGAGCAGCUGGAGGGCAAACGCUGGAGGAGAGGAACCGAGAUUUGGAGCAGCAUGUGGCCAUUCUGACGGCACGGCUGGACGAAAGGCGGUCUCAAGAUGCACAGGUCAGACCCACCCCCAUAGCAAGGAAGGUACCGGGACUGGUGCACAAGUUUGGGGGGAAGCCGCAAGAAUACAGUGCGUUUAGAACGGAAAUAGAGUACGCAUUGGACUUGCAGCAUAACGAUUUUGAAGACGACGCGGCGCGGGUGGCAUAUGUUGUGGGUCACCUGCAGGACGGGGCCAGAGAAUGGGUCAGACCCCUUAUGGCGACGCAGAAUUCCGCCAUGCAGGACCGGAGGAAAUUCUUCCAAGCGAUGGACGCGAUGUUUUCCACUGAUGUUCAAAAAAGUGUGACUAAGCGGGAAUUGAUGAACUGUAAACAGGGGAGCCAGUCAGUCAGGGACUACUGGUCGCGCUUUGCCAUGAUAGUUCAUCGCCUCGGGUGGGAACUGGGCUCCGAACCCAUACAGAUGUUAUUCGAGGAGGGGUUGUCCCCAACGGUUAAGGAUGAACUUUCCCGCGCACCCCGCCCACAGGGGAUGGAUCAGCUGACCAAGGCUGUGCUUGCGAUUGGCGCGCGCCAGGAAGCGCGGGCCCAGGAGAGGCGGGAAGGGAGAGAGCAACGUUGCCAUGACUACCGCAUUCCUGAAAUACCAAGGCAGCCCUCCCCGCCAGCAGAGCCAAUGGAAAUAGAUGGGCGCGCGCGCUGGAAGUUUCAAGCACCAGCGAAGGGCGCAAGAAGGAGGGAAAGGAUUGGAAAACCUCCAAAAGGUGUUACCUUUGCCAGCGGCCAGGGCAUUUUGCCAGAGCCUGCCCUCAAAGAAAGGCUUGGCAAGGAAUGGUGGGAGCCGCAGGGGUGAGGAGGAGGUGGUAAAGGAACAGGAACAGGGAAACGAGAACGCUUGGCUGCCAAUCAAGGGGCACAACAGCCAAGCCAGCCACCAGUAAAAGUGCCCCAACCAGACCCCCCCAAGGCGGCAAUAGCCAUCGAAGUGGUGCUAGAACUCCCAAACGGGCACCCAGUCAAGGUGAAAGGCAUGCUGGAUUCAGGCAGCUCAUGUAAUUUCUUCAGCAAGGACUUUGCAUUAGAGCACCAGCUCCACUUACUGCCUUUGGAUUUUCCCUUGCAAGUGACCACCAUUGAUGGCAGGGAGCUUCUAGGAGGGGAAGUGACACACCAAACCCCGCCAAUGAGAAUGAGGGUGUCCAGGCACUCGGAAACCAUCGCCUUCACGUCGCCUCGCUAGCAGGACCCCAACAAUAUUAGGGAUGAGCUGGCUAGCACAACAUGAUCCAGUGGUGGCGUGGCAUCAGAGGACAGUCACCUUUGGAUCAGCUUACUGCCUGGAACACUGUCUAGGGGGGGAAGCCCCAAGAAUGACCGUGGCCAGGGUGGCUGGGAUGGCGGUGGAGCGGAAAGGGGAGGUGCCGCCACAAUACGCAGAUCUGCGGGAGGUCUUCAGCGAAAAGGAGGCAGAUAGACUGCCACCCCAUAGGCCCUUUGACUGCCAGAUCAACUUGCUUCCGGGGCUCAGCUGCCAGUGGGUAAGCUGUACGCCAUGUCAGACAGGGAGAUGAAGGAGUUGCGAGAAUUUAUCGACAAGAACCUGAAAAGAGGCUUCAUAAGAGAAUCAAAGGCAGUAGGGGCAGUCCGGUGUUCUUUGUGGACAAAAGGACACAAAUAAACCCAGGCUCGUAGUGGACUAUAGAGCUGUCAAUUUGGUGUCAGAACCCGUGACCUUCCCAAUGCCCAGGAUUGACGACAUUUUAACGCGAGUGAGGAAAGGCAAAAUUUUUACCAAGCUGGACCUCAGGGGCGCAUACAAUUUGAUCAGGAUGAGGGAGGGGGACGAAUGGAAGACCACAAUGUUCACACCCCUAGGUGCCUUUGAGUACUUAGUUAUGCCUUUUGGAUUACAGUCAGGCUCCGCCUGCUUUCAAGCUUUCAUGCACCACGUGUUGGGGUCUCUGCUGUACAAGAACUGCGUAGCCUUCUUGGACGACGUCUUAAUUUAUUCGGACAAUGAGGAACAACAUGUUAGAGACGUCAGGGAAGUGUUACAACGACUGCAGAAGCACCAGUUGUGGGUCAAGCUGGAAAAAUGUCAGUUUCACGCCAGAGAAGUCGAGUUUCUGGGGUACAAGUUGUCUGACAAAGGCUUAGCGAUGGACCCAAGCAAGGUGCAGGCAGUGCUGGAGUGGAAGGCUCCCAAGACACGGAAGGACGUACAGAGGUUCCUAGGGUUCAGCAACUUCUACAGGAAGUUCAUCAAGAACUUCGCCCACUUGACAGCGCCAAUCACGGAUUGUCUCAGUAGCAAAAAGAAGUUUGUGUGGACAGAAGAGGCCCAGCAAUCCUUCGAAAAACUGAAGAAGGCGUUCGCAUCGGAAGAGCAACUCCUGCACGUAGAUCUGGAGAAACCCCUGAGGCUAGAGACCGACGCGUCCGACAGAGCCGUGGGGGCGGUCCUUUUGCAACCAGGGAAGGGAAAGCAGGAAUGGAAACCGUGUGCCUUUUUCUCCAGAAAACUGAGCAAGUCGGAGCAAAACUAUACAGUGUAUGACCGCGAACUGCUGGCAAUCUACGCGGCCUUCGUCGUUGGCGUCAUCUACUGAUAGGAGCGCAACAACAGAUCCAGGUUUGCACAGAUCACAAGAACUUGGAGUACUGGAGAACCGCACGAGUACUCAACCAGAGACAGAUUCGAUGGGCACAGGAGUUCUCCAAGUUUUUCUUUGAAAUCCGCUACGUGCCCGGAGAAGAAAACGUAAGAGCAGACGCUCUUUCGCGUAAACCGGAGUACCUGGAAGGAGAGGGGCCGCCGGAGAAACGACACGUGAUCCCCGAGGACCGAUGGGUGUGUGGGGAACUUUGGUGGGGAAACGAGAACUAGCCGGGCUGACCAGAAACGACGUGUUCGCGCAAACUAAAAUCCGGGAACUACGAGACGGAAGAGGGACCCAAGAAGGGUUUGAGGAGAAGGAAGGGGUACUGUACUAUAGGGGAGCGCUGUACGUACCGGGGGAAACCCUAAGGGAAAAGUACUCAAACAACUCCACGACAACCCCACAGCAGGGCACUUUGGACAGCACAAAACCAUGAUGCUGGUGACCAGGCAGUUCUGGGGGCCCAGGGGGAGGGAGGAUGUACGGGAAUCUGUACGGGGGGUGCGACCGCUGCCAACGGGCAAAGGGGGGGAGAGGGCGGCCCCCACAGGAUUGCUGGAACCCUUACCCACGCCGGGGAAACCCUGGGAGGUGGUAUCCAUUGCUUUGAUGACAGAUUUGCCCAAGUCCCGGGAAAGACAUCAGUCAUGGUAGUGGUCGACCUACUGACAAAAAUGAGCCACUAGAUAGCUUGCUCACAUGCUGUAACGGCAGAGGAAACAGCCCGGUUGUUUGUGGAGCACAUAUUCCGGCUGCAUGGCGCCCCUUGAGGGUUAUCUCCGACCGCGGAAAACAAUUUACUUCCCGGUUCUGGAGGAAACUCAUGAGCUUACUGCAGGUGGAGGUGGUUUCUCGACGGCGAGACACCCAGAGACCAACGGGCAAGCAGAAAGAGCGAACAGUAUACUCCAGCAAUACCUACGCUGCUAUGUCAGCGAGAGGCAGAACGAUUGGGUAGAAAAGCUAGCGCUGGCUGAAUUCGCGUACAACAACGCGGAACACGUGUCCACGGGAAUGAGCCCAUUCAUGGCCAACCAUGGGUGUCAUCCCAGGGCCUUCCCGGGAGUGGGGAGGAAAGCUGGAGCGCACCCGCCGCAGAGCAGUUUGUGGAGGAAAUGGAGGCCCUACACCAGCAACUUAAGAUGAACUUGGAGCGGGCCAAGGAAACUUAAAAGAUGCAGGCAGACAAGCACCGCAGGGAAGGGAGACCAUACGGGUGGGGACCGGGUGUGGUUGUCCACCCAAGGGCUACCUUUCAAAGGGGGGUGCAAGAAGUUGCAGCCCAGACGGCUGGGACCUUUUGAGGUAACACAGCAAGUUAAUCCCGUGGCAUUUAAGCUCAGGUUGCCUGAUAGCAUGAAAAUACACCCGGUUUUCCAUAGGUCCCUGCUUUCACCGCAUAGGGAAGGGCGGGAAUUCCAGGGGCAAGAGGGAGAAGUCACCACACACCCGCAGGUAGAAGAAAGGGAACACCACCACAGGGCCACGGAAAUACUGGACUCAAGGUGGCAAGGGCGCCGGGUGGAGUAUUUGGUAGCGUGGGAAGGGGAACCCAGGUCCGAAACACGUGGGUCCCCACGGAAGCCGUCGAGGACAGGUAUCUGGUGGAGGUAUUCCACCACCGGUUCCCGGACAAACCCAAACCCCUGGAGAGAUUCUGGGAGGAGCAAUUUGGAACCACAGAUGAGGAAGAGGUUUUUGAGGGAUUUUCUGACUCCGAGGAGGGAGGAGAGGUUUCGGAGGAAGAAGCAUCAGACGGGGAAGACCACCCCGUUGGUAGGUGGAAGAGCGAUUGGGAAGCGGGUUUCGAACCCACGGAAGAUGGUGACAGUUCCUUCCGGGUUUCCCGCCUCCUCGGCCGACGAAGGGGACGGCUGGUCCCACAGGUCGGCCCAGGGGUGGAGGGGAUUCUGGGGGGGAGGUGGAUGUCAGGGAACUGACAUCAGAGCGAGAGGCGAAGGGGAGGCUCCUGGAUGAUGCUGGAGAAGGACCCAGCAGCAGGGGGAGAGGCGACUCAGUGGAGGGGGAAGCAUUUAAGCGCAACACCAGGAACAAAAGUGAGCAGAUGGGAAAAUCGGAGAGAGGGCUCACGGACUCUUCACUGGAACUCAGUGAGGAGGGGACAGGUCCCCGCUACCCACGCCCACCCUGCGCAGAAGGCUCCCGCGCAGUGAGAGGCGGAGGCGAUUGGGUGUCAAACAGCUCUUAUGUUGGAAGAGAUUCAAGAAACGCCCACUGACGGAUUCUGCUAGUGACUGAGACAGUCCUGAUCAGAAGGGGCUGUGCAGUCAGAAAGGUUUAACAAGGCAAAUCAGCCUAGAGAGGCACCAGUUUACGCACGAGUAACUCAUACUCAUUAUAAUGAUAUUUAUUGAAAUUUCAGAAAAAAGAAUUACACAAAAACAAGAAGUAAAAAUACAAGAAAAAUACAAAAUACAAAAUACAGAAUAAAAGAAUAAAAAACACUAAAAAGAAAGAAAAGAAAAAUAUAUCAAUCUUUCCAUAGCUUACAUUCAUAUCCUUGUUUCCCUGACCUCCUCAUACCUCCCUUUUUUGUAUUCCAGUUCAAUUAGUUAAGUCAGCAAUUUCUUUCCCUCUUUGUUCUCUCAUAAUCCUUUAACUUAAUAUACUAUAACUUUAAAUUUUCAUCUGUUAUCAAUCCUUUUUUACAUACACCUUUAUGGCAUUACUGCUUAAACCACCUAGCUUCAUUCCAACAUCAUUCUAACAUUCAUUAAUUUUGCAAUAUUUCUGUAAAUUUCUUCCAAUCUUCUUCCACCGACUCUUCUCCCUGGUCUCGGAUUCUGCCAGUCAUUUCCGCCAAUUCCAUGUAGUCCAUCACCUUCAUCUGCCAUUCUUCCAGAGUGGGUAGGUCUUGUGUCUUCCAAUACUUUGCAAUAAGUAUUCUUGCUGCUGUUGUGGCAUACAUAAAGAAAGUUCUAUCCUUCUUUAACACCAGUUGGCCGACUAUGCCCAGGAGAAAGGCCUCUGGUUUCUUCAAGAAGGUAUAUUUAAAUACCUUUUCAAUUCAUUAUAUAUCAUCUCCCAUAAAGCCUUAAUCCUUGGGCACGUCCACCAGUGGUGAAAGAAUGUACCUUCAGUUUCUUUACAUUUCCAACAUUUGUUAUCGGGCAAAUGAUAGAUUUUUGCAAGCUUGACUGGGGUCAUGUACCACUGACUGGCAUGUUCUCUCCCUCCUGGUCGAUUGUUCGGGAGCUUCAAAAGCUUUCUUCAGCCUGAACAUCACAGCGACUGAUGCCAACAGACACCGGCACACUUAGGGAUCCACAGAGUUUGCGCAUCAUGCGUAACAGACCUCAGCAACUCAGCAUUUUGGCUGAUCUACUUUAUUUACAUAUAAACACGCACAGAGCACUGCAACAUGGCUCCCUCUUUCUCUAGCAUCAGACAGCAAAACCAAAACCAAACAAAGGACAAUAGUCCCACUUCACGGAACACAGUAACACAAACAUCCUGUCUCCGUCACUUCCCACUCUGUGGAGUCAAAACCUAUACUGUCAUGUGAUAGACAACAAUCCCAUGACUGCAAUCAUGGAGCAGGAAUUCUAACAGUGGCUGGGUUUUCUCUCCUUUCUAGGGGUUGAUGCAGUGACCCAUGCAAACAGAGCUGUGCCUUUCCUUGUAAGCAGUAAUAUGAAUCAUAGAAUUGUAGCGUUGGAAGGGAUUCCAAGGGUCAUCUAGUCCAACCCCCUGUGAUGUAAUUGUUGUCAUCUCAGUCCAUCUAUCUUUCACAGGCUCUGAAGAUGCCUGCAAAUUAGUUGGUUGACACCUACAAGGUGCUUUUGGGGAGCUCCUAGAAAGGAAAUGUAGCUCAGUGGUAGAGCACCAGCUUUGCAUGCAAAAUUAUUGAUCAUUUUACCCAUAGAAAUUACUCAAAGCGAUCUACAAACACAAUAGAAAUACUGAAACCAUUUAGAAAAGACACAAUGAAUAAUAACUUUUUUAAAAAAGAAAACCAGCUAUAUAAAUGAGGUCUGAAAGAGGCUACAAAUACUUAAUAACACUUAAAGUGAAGGGCCAAAAAACCAGGUAAAAAAGAAAUUUUUUUGCUUGGUGUCUAAAGAUGGUGCCGGGGAGAACAUUCCAGAAGUAAGGAGCUGCUAUUGAAAGGGCACUUUUUUUUGUAGCCAGCCUCCAGACCUCCCAUGAAGGAGGCUUAUGGAAAAGGGCCUCAGAUGACGAUUGCAGGGUCUGGAUCUGUUCAUGUGGGGAAAGAUGGCUCUUUUGUAUCCUGAGCUGCACAAUGCUGUAGCAGUCAGUGUGGUGGAGCCACCCUCCUGACAACAGCAUCGCUGUAGACUGUCCUGGGGCAGUGGUGAAGUUGGGGUUGCAUUGGACCGACUCUACUGAAGUGUGCAAGCCGCCUCCAUGCUGCUGCUGUCUCUUCCCAACACUGUCUGGGUAAUCCACAGCGACAUCAGUGAACCCAGCUGUUGCUACCAUUAGGAAGCCAACUUCCAGUCAUAGAAUCAUAGAGUUGGAAGGGACCCAGAGGGUCAUCUUAGUCCCACCCCCUGCAAUGCAGGAAUCUCAACACAUGGACCCUCUCCUAUCCAGUUUGAAACUAUACUAGACACUGCUUAUCUUUGCAAAUGCGCUAGCAGUGUUAUUGCUGCACCGCUAGAUAGCCCAUGCACUCACACAUUCCUAUAGGCCAGCAUCUACAAACAUGUGAUGUGGGAAUGGGCUGUGAUACUGAAAACUAAGGGUGGCAUUCGACUAAAUUGUUGCAAGGAAUAGAACUAAAAAAAAAAAAGGUAAAAGACCCCUGACAGUUAUGUCCAGUCGCAAACUACUCUGGGGUUGCGGUGCUCAUCUUGCUUUACAGGCCGAGGGAGCUGACGUUUGUCCGCUCCGCAGACAGUUUUUCCGGGUCAUGUGGCCAGCAUGACUAAGCCACUUCUGGCGAAACCAGAGCAGCGCAUGGAAACGCCAUUUACCUUCCCACUGGAGCAGUACCUAUUUAUCUACAGUGGUGCCCCGCAAGACGAAUGCCUCGCAAGACGGAAAAACCGCUAGACGAAAGGGUUUUCCGUUUUGAAGUUGCUUCGCAGGACGAAUUCCCCUAUGGGCUUGCUUCGCAAGACGAAAAUACCUUGCGAGUCUUGAGAUUUUUUUUCGCUUUUCCCCCCCUUUAUCUAAUCUGCUAAGCCUUUAAUAGCCUUUAAUAGCCUUUUAGCAGCUAAUCCCCUAAGCCUUUAAGCCUUUAAUAGCCGCUAAACCGCUAAUAGCGCUAAUAGCGCUAAUCCGUCAAUGGGCUUGCUUCGCAAGACGAAAAAACCGCUAGACGAAGACUCUCGCGGAACGGAUUAAUUUCGUCUUGCGAGGCACCACUGUACUUGCACUUUGACGUGCUUUCGAACUGCUAGGUUGGCAGGAGCAGGGACCGAGCAACGGGAGCUCACCCCAUCGCGGGGAUUCGAACCGCCAACCUUCUGAUCAGCAAGCCCUAGGCUCUGUGGUUUAGACCACAGCGUCACCCACGUCCCGAGGAAUAGAACUAGCGUGAUGCAGUUUCCCCUCUCUCUUUCCCCAACCCUAUGUGAAGCCACUGCUGCCCACAAAUCACCUCCAGAGGGUUGUAGGAACUCCCAGAACAGAUUUUGGGGGCGGGGAGAAAUCCCUGCACUGGUGAAUGAGCUGUUUAAUGCUACCACCUCGGUUGUGGACUGCCUUUCACUGGAGGUUUUUAAACAGAGGUUGGAUGGCCAUCCACCUGUCAUUCUUUAGCUGUGAUUCCUGUAUUGCAGGGGGUUGGACUAGAUGGCCCUUGGGGUCCCUUCCAGCUCUACAUUUCUAUGAAUAAAACCCUAAAAUUCAAGGUGGUGGUGGUUAUACCUGUAUAACAAAAACAAAACCUUGGAAGGUGACUUGAAGGCUUACAGAGCAGAUAAGCUGUUCAGAGUCAGGAUAAGUGCCUUGCAGUGCUAUACAGUGUUUUCCCUGUUUUGCUUCUGCUUUUCACCUGAGAAAUACAGUUUGCCAAGAGGGGCAAGAACACAUUAAUUUCCCCUUAAACACAUGUAGGGGGCCUCUUGUGGGCUUUCAGUUGCAUUUUGGCUGGCUGUUCGGGGAGAGCGCCAGGUGACUUAGUGUUUUUGUACCUUAAUCAGUUUAGCUUUCGCAGAAGUGAUUCAUCUUACCAUGCUCCCACUGUGCUCUCAAAGGAAAAUAUUAUGCAUUGGAUAAAUAAUAGCACACACUGGAGCACAUUGUGUGCAGAGCUUCUAGGUGCAAUUAGACCUCGCCGGGUUUAUUCUUUGUCACUGAAGAAAGUGGAAGCUGUGAAGAAAAGGGGAGAGAGGAAACUUAACAAAUCUGUUAAGCCACAGUUUAAGAAACCAAUGGAGUGUUGACUCUGACCUGAUACGUGUGGCAAAACAAAACUCCCUCACCUCCCUCAACUCUUUGGGGAAAUGGGCCCUUCUUCUGCUGUUGAUGAACUUUGAGGUGAUGUGCUUGCUGCUUGUAGGGCAAGAUAGAUGGCCUAUUUUAAUUUCAGCUAGAAGGAUCUUGUUCAGCAGCCUCCAUGUUUUUUUGUUGUUGUUUUUUGUUUUUGCAUCCUUUGAAGAUGAAGGAUUCUGAUAAAUGCUGAAUGGCAAAGGAUUCUGUGAUUGCCAGACUCUGCUCCUGUUCGUGGGAUGGAGGGGAAUUGGGCAAGUCUGACAGACAUAUGGUAAAGCUGGGAAGUGUGUGUGUGUGUUCCAGGAAUGCUUAGUUUUAAGUGUCAAGCUCUGGUUUUCAGGAAGCCUGAAGAGGCGUCACUGCUUCCAAAUGGGGCUCUGGAGCUUAAAUCUGUUGGGAGUUCAAGCUCAGUUAUUUCCCAUCACCCUUUGGUCAUGCUUGCUGAGGCUGAUGGGAGUUGUAGUUCAGCAACCUCUGGCAGGUCAAAGGGUCCCCAUGCCUGCACUACAACAUGCUGACUCUCAGCAUCACACAGGCACAUAAAAGGGGAGGGCUGCAUAGGCUCAAGGUAUGGAUUUGUAUCUAGAGCACAAUGUUAGUUUUUCAAAAUGGCAUGGCCUGUUGAACCCAAAACUGAUUAUUACUACAAAGGCCAGCACUUCAAGGCCUGCUGUUUUGUAGUGGCUGGGCAGGGGUGAUAGUGACAUUUGCCUUUUGGCAACAAAAUGAUCCCCUCAAAGGCAGGCAGGCAGGCAGGGAAUGCAUGUCUCUCUAAAAAUGUUUGCCCUGCCAUAUUGUUUUCCCCCUCAAGGAAUUGUCAAUUUUGGCAGGGAAGUAGAAAUGCUGUAAUUAAGCCCCCCCCCCCCCCAGCAUUUGUUUGCAUGCCUUAAAAAAACAAACACAUGUGCAAUACCAGCACAAAACCUUGCAAUAAACGUUAGGAGAUUGUCCAUCUCUCCCUUAGAGAGCUAUUCAGGAAACAACCAUUUUAAUAUUCUGUUUGCUAAUCUGUGCCUCCACAUUUUACUGUACUACCCUGAGUCAAAUGGCGGAAUGCCUUUUUUUUUUAAAAAAAGCAGCUAUUCUGUAUGUCACGGUCCUUGGCCUAACUCAACAAGCAUUGUCCCUGAUGCUUGCAAUUGGAAGUGAGUUGGAACUGGCUCAUGGCCCAAAGUGUUAAAACGCUGUUGCUUCUUUCCAGCGAUUUCCCCUAUUUGGUUAGAGUAACUUUUAGAGGACUGUCCUUUGCCUUGUUUUUCAAUAUGUAUUAUUAGGACAUCCUGGCAUGCAGAACAUCAUCUGGGUAGGCAUGGAAAAAUGAUAUUAUUCUGAUGACUUUGGCCAGCAGCCUAGUGAUGCAGGGACUUGCUUUUCUUGUGGUUUGGCAUUCUUAACCUGUUAUUUAACAGUUCACCCCAAAGUGUUUCCCUUUUCAAGUAUGUAGGCUGGAAUGGAGAAUACAAAAGCAACAUCUGGAGGAAUAUUUGCUGCUUGUUGUCUUUUUCUUUUUAAAUAUCCUUACAUUUAAAGCAUUAAAUAUAAUGCAGUUUUGUUGCUAAUUUUCUAAACUUCGAGUGCUCAGUUGUAUGUAAUUUAAUACUGUGCGUGUACCCCCCCUCCCUUGGGUAUAAAUUGGAUGGUGCUGGCAAGGCCAGGGCUGAGGAAUUCACACAACUGACAUUCAGGCUUUAUGAUCCCAGUCAUUGACGCCAUCUAAGGAACUAACAAGGGUCAUACCUAAAAAUAUUGAUUUACACAGGCAUUAGGAAAGGCAAGUCAACUUUGCAUCAGGUUCCCAAUCCAAGGAUGCAAAGUUGGAUCCAAAAAGCAGGCAGGAUUAAUUCGUUUGGCACUAGAUAAUCAGUGGAAAAACUGCAGAGCACAAGAAUACAGACCAAUAAGGAUCAAAGGGAGGAUAGUUUGACAUGUUUGUUUUUAUUCUUCUAAGUAGCUGGUUACGACAGCAGUUUAUCAAAACUUUAUAAAAUGUGGCCCCCUUAGAUCUUCUGAUCUUUUACUCUAGCCUAGAAACCUGCCUGCCAUAUCCCCUGGGCUGCUGCUUCCCCACAUGCUGGGUUUUUCUAUACACUUCUCCAUGAUGGCUUUUGCAUGGCCUUUUUUUAUGCUGCUUGUCCUGCGGUACUUCCAAACCAACUUAGCACCAACCCAUCGUAUGGUGUCAUUGUAUGCCUUUGCAUGGGAAGUCCUGUUGCGCAGAAGAAGUCCUACCACUAGGAAGAUGAACUAGUUGCGUAUCAACCAAUAAUGGGGCAUGGGGUAAUAUGUGUCUCGUUUCUCCAUUGUAGUAUUUGAACUAGAGGUCUGGGGAGCAAGUGUGUAUUGGUUUGUGUGACUGUAACUUUUUCAUCUUUACUUUUUUUUUAUGAACAAUGUUCUAUAAAAUCUCUUGGAAAUACCUCAUCCGCAUAGGUUAGCGCAACCUGAGGAGGCCCUCUUUUCUUUUUGUCUUGAGCAACUCUUCCCUCUUGGUAUUAUUUGCGUUGCGGUAUCUCUGUAUGGUCGGUGGCUGCUGUUUUCAAAUUUAACGCAAUUCUGUUGCUAUGGAGGCAGAACGUUGAACAGAAGUAGGUCAAUUCAGUACAGGGUCUGAUGUGCUUGGGAAGCAGAGAAGCUUAGCUGGAGAGAAAUGUGGAUCGGGUGAGCACCAAAGGUGUCUCGCCUUGCGGACUGUCUGUUUGGAAGAGCACAUGUACUUGUAUUUAAGUUCAUAUCUUUCUGAUUGGGGCUGUCAGAUACGCUGAAGUGGACAGGGAACAUGCCGUGAGACAGGUGGGCUGAUAGUCUUGUUUACUUUGCGUGGGUAGAAAAAUAAAUCGGGCCUGAAAUCCUAAGAAGACUUCUUGUUGCCUUAGUUGACAGAGGUGGGGUUGAGCAAUGGGCAUUGUGCAGGCUGUCUCCGUUCCGGCUUCUGGAAGAGGAAAACUGAAAAUAAAAUAGCUGCCACAUCGGUUGUUGCCCACAGAGUGACAGGGAAGCUUUGUUGGGUACGUGGGAUGAUGAUAAUGUGCAAGCUGAUCCCAUUUACUUUAGGGUCAGAGACAGAAUUGAGGUUGGCAGUGAAAAAGACAGGCAGGUACUUAUUGAGGUGUCAUCCUACAGAUGGGACUUGGAUAAUUGUAUUGCCUGUUGCAGAGCCUGUUCCUGUGUAGAGAAAAUGCUAUGCUUGUCACUUCACAGGAAAUGAAGACACACUCUUCGGGAGCAAAGGGUGGCAGCCUGAGGAUGAGAUCAAAUAUGGUGUAAACUGGUAUCUGCUGACCAAAGAAGCUUCUACCUUCCUCUCCCUGGCCCCCCCAGCAUGCUUCCCAAAUUUUCUCCGUAGUCUUAGAGGACAAGCGGGCAGACAUGAGUGGAGGUUGCCCUGAGUCAGUGAUGCUAAAACCAGCUGGGUAGUCCUCAUGGCAACAGUUUCUCCCCAUGCCCACACCAUUUUUAGUACAUUAAAAAACACCAUAUUAUUGCCCAGAAGGAUGAAUGCUUUCCCACUGUACUAAAGAAGCUUAAUGCUGAACACAACACCAACAAAGCUACCUUUCUCCCUCCCCAGUAAUUUUCCUAUCAUUUUAGAUUCCUUUCCCAUUCUUUUUUUAUUUGAAAGCUGUGCACCCCACCCUCUUUCAUGGGUAAACAUCUUGGGAUGUUCCUUGGUCUGAGAGAAUUCUGGUCUUCUAUCCUUUCUCUUCCUUGCUCCUAAUAGGAGGCUGACAGCUGCAUUGUACAGCAUGUACAGUUUGGGCAUUGUCCUUAAGGGUGGCUACCCUAAGGUUACACUGCAGUGUCUCAUCUUCCAGCUAAUGAGGAGGCAAACAGUGGUGUGUUCCGACAAGCUGGAUUUCUGACACAUGCAGCAAGAGUGGGAAAUCUUUUUCAACUCACAAACCCAUCUGGGCAACCCGUCUAGGGCCAAAUGCUGGUUGUGGGCGGAGCCAGAGGCAAAAGCAGGCAGAGCAAUACAUGUGAACUUUACCUUUUCCGUAGUAGGCUAGUUUCUACCCACACUCAUGCAGCCUUCUCUAUCCUCCAAAGCAAGAGGCAUUGUCAGAGUUCAUGGCUGCAUUCCAUCCAGGCACAAAUGCCCAAGGAGGCUCCAACAGAGGGCCAGUGAGAGGUGUGGCUGGGGAGUCCCAAGAGCCUGGAGGGCUGUAUUUGAGCCCUGGGCCCGAGGUUCCCCAUCCUUCGCCUAGAGCUACCGUCUGGCCUAUGGACUCACUAUUUUGGGAAGAUACAAGAACCAGGAAGUCUUUCCCGCUAGACUGUGGGGCUCCCAACCAUUAUAACCUCUGUUUUGUCCAGCUUUGGUUUACUCAUCUUCAGUCGCUCCACAACAGCCUGAACCAACGCUGCUGCUCUUGAAUUUGAAGAUAAUGAAACUGUGAGCAGAUAACACAGAAUAUAUUUAAAGCCUAUUUAGCGCACAUUUAAAGCUCAUGACUCCCCCACCCCACCCCCUGGCAAAACAAUUUAGGGAACCAUAGUUUAUUAAGGGUGCAGGAAAUGGUAAUUCGGGGGGGGGCCACAAUUCUUGGUUUGCUCCAAGUGUGUGGUUAAUGAUAAACUUCAAAUGGAGCAGGGGGGAAGGCCCUCUCAACCACUUGCUCUAGGGAGUGGUUUUCUUAGCAGCAGCGGCUAGCUCUGCAGCUUGGGAAGAAAACACCUAUUUGUAUGAAAGAGGUUGAUUUGAUAUAAUUAGCUAUAAGACAAGCCCUGCUGGAUCAGACCAAAAGCCUUUUUUAGCCUCUCUUCUUGUUUCCUGCAGCAGCCAACCAGAUGCCUUUAGGAAGCCCACAAACAAACAUGUGGUUUCAUGGUCUUCUCCGUGCACUGUUUCUGCAUCCAUUGAUAUCAGCAACCAAAAACUGAGUCAUAUAAUUUCCAGGGUCACUUCUGGUUUGCCUCAACUGCAAAAUCUAAGUUUGGAUCCCUUGUGAGAGGUUUUUUUUUUAAUACACAAAAAUUGCCAAAACACGUCACAUUAAUCAAAAGUCCAGCUUUCAUUCUUCUUUUUGUCGAUUGUGCUACUUCUGAUAGGUAACAUUCAAUACAAUAAAUUUCGUGAGAGAAUACAAUAGAAUUCACUUCAAUUUAGUUAAUUGAGCUUUUGGGAAAUAACUAAAGGUAAGGCACUAAAGCUUCCUAACAAACAGGACAAACAGAAUGUCCACAUUCGUUUUCUUUUAUUAAAAAGUGGCAUUUUAAUGGAUUUGUUUUCUACUGUUAGGCACCUCCAGCAUUAGAGUAUCGGACCUCAUUUUAUUGGCUUUACUUUCUGUAAAUUGUCUUUGGUUUUGUUGUCAAAGGGAAAAGACUUAAGAAGCUGUUUGGAUAUUAUCUCCGCACUCUACCCUGGAUGUGCUUCAGGCUCAUGCAUUUACCAACAUGUAUGAAUCUUAUAUUGAAUCAGAACAAAUGCAUGAACUGAGGAAGCCUACAUUUAUUUGAUAAACUAAAUAGGUUUGAUAUCCAUGCUUGAGAGAGACCACAGUUUAUACAGUCACCUCUGCAAGGGAGUGGGUGGGUGAGUAGUGUGUGUGUGUAUGUGUGUGUGUGCAUGCGUGUGUGUGCAUGCCUAAUUCCUGAUGUCACUAUGCAUAAGAUGGCAGUUUUGGGUGGGAGGGAGAAGAAUGCUCAAUCCUUAAAUGCACUUCCCUUGGAUUUCCAAACAUUAGCUGCUAUGUAUUACAUGGGUGCUAUUGUGAGUUAAAGGGUGGUAAACAAAGCAACGAUGUCUCUUUAAAUGGACAUUUCCCUCUUCAAAUCUGGAACCAUUUCCAGUUUUAGAACACGCAGUCUUGCCAACCUAAGGGAAUUAGAAGUAUUUUCAUGAUUUUGUAAAUAACCACUCUGUAAACAGUCAGCUUCAAAACAAAUGUACGCCAGCGAUGUUCCAUAAUUCUUUUAAUGCAACAGCAUGACAGUUUUGCAUUAGUAAGAAUCAAAAUUAUCAAAGUAAACAGGUUAGCAAUGGUACAAUAAAGGGACCAAAACGUUUUGUUUUUUGUAAUUUAUAAGCCCUACCUCUGGCAGAGUAAAGCUUGAACAUGCAGCUGUGGCAAGUAUCCCAAGACCUGUAGGGAAAACAUAGAUUUACUAUUGAUGAUUUAUAUGACAUAUUUCAAGUUAGCAAAGCGCUAUGGAAUGUUCUUGCAGGGUUUUUUGCCCCAUGUUUUCCCAAGAACUUUGGCUACUACCAUACUUAUUUUGUAGGUGAACAACAGAGAGCGUAAAAGGAUCCACUCCCUCUACGGCCAACAUUGCAUUGGCAGCAAACCUGCCUCCAUGACUAGCAUCUCUGUAGGAGACUGGUGUUUGUAGACAUGUUUUGUUGCAUGCACACUUUUACACCAAAGAUGUAUGGAUUUGCACAUGAAAAGGUCCAUACUUUGGUGGCCUCAGCACCGAGGCCAAUAGCUCAGUUGCUAGAGCAACAUGACUCCUUCAUUAAGCUUUUAGGUGCGGUCUCCUCAGCUGUAGGCUCCAACCUGUGGGUUUCUCAUUCUUGCAGCUGUUGGGAGCAAGCUGCAGUCCUGAUUCUAACUGAAAGAGCAGGAACUCUCCUCAUACAGGACGAUGGAGCUUUUUUAUCAGAUUAAGUAUUGCGUUGCACAAGCAACAGUCUCUCCAUUAGUACAUUCCAUCAUCACAAACGUUUCAUUGAGAGGAAAGAGGUUUUGAGACCUUUCGCAGUAAGCAAAGGCUGUGUGGAACCUGGCCCACAAAAGAAUUAAAGAUCUUGUUCUGAGACAUAGCCUGGGUUGUUCGAGUGCAGAUUAAAGUGUGCUUUGUUAUAAGCUCGAUAUACACACACUUCUGUCAGCCACAGCCAGCUUGCCCAAUGGGCAGGAAUGAUGGGAAUUGGCUGGGCAUAACAUUUGGAGGGUGCCACAUUGGCUACCCUUGGCUUAGGUGUUUAGGGAAUAAGCCUCUAUUUCAUAGAAGAAUCAUAGAAGAGUAGAGUUGGAAGGAAUCCUGGGGUCAUCUAGUCUAACCUCCUACAAUACAGGAAUCUCAAUUAAGGACCCCUGGACGGUUAAGUCCAGUCAAAGGUGAUUAUGGGGUGCAUUGCUUGUCUCGCUUUUCAGGCCAAGGGAGUCGGCAUUUGUCCACAGACAGCUUUCUGGGUCAUGUGGCCAGCAUGACUGAACCGCUUCUGAUGCAACGGGACACUGUGAUGGAAGCCAGAGUGCACAGAAACACCAUUUACCUUCCCGCCACAGUGGUACCUAUUUAUCUACUUGCACUGGUGUGCUUUCAAACUGCUAGGUUGGCAGGAGCUGGCACAGAGCAACCGGAGCUCACCACCACCACAUGGAUUCGAACCGCCGACUUUACGAUCAGCAAGCCCAAGAGGCUCAGUGGUUUUAGACCACAGCACCACCUGCAUCCCUAGGAAUCUCAGUUAUAGCAUCCAUGACAGAUGUUAUUGUAAGUUGCUUUAAACUGAGUUUAAUAUUGCAUUUUAUUGUUGUAGCCCGUGCUGGGACACUAUGACAAAGGGUGGGAAGUAAAUAAACGUAUACGUAAUCACACAAACACGCCACUGUCUACCCAUCAUUCCUAUUUGGGCGCAUUUCUUUUUCCCGGAAGGAGUUUCAAACCCUAAAUGAGAUUUGGGAGUGGGGGUAGACACUGAGGAAACAAGUAGUGAUUUUUCUUCUCUCUCCCCCCCCCCCCCCAUUCCCUCUACCCCAAGUGUGUAUUGUAUUUGGCUUUGAAUUCAAGUAUUUGGUAUGCAGCUGCCAGCUUUAGGCAUUAUGUAACUUCAGAAAAUAAACGGCCUUUACGGAAAAGUGAAAUUGCUAUGUUUCAACAUUUUAAAGGAAGCUUGGCCAUGACCUGAUGACUUGGCAAGGCUAAUAAUGCCUUGUCAACAGAACACAGAUUUCUUUGCGAGUGCAGUGAUGGAGCUAAUCUAUGGUCAUGGUGAUGUGGGUUUUGUAAGCUGAUCACACGCACAAGAAUGCAAAACGAUUGAUUGGAGGUUUCUGCCUGUGAAAUACAUCACACCAUAUCUCUGCAUUUGCAAUUAUGCAAGCAUUUCCCUCUGAGAUCUUGAGCCUGUGCUUGUUAAUGGAUCAGGACUCGGUCACAAUCAUAUGCCAAGACCCGAACAGAGGCAGGGUUUAAUUUGAGCCAGGGCAAAGUAGCAGGACCUGUUUCAGUGCCAAGUUUCAGCUGUGGAGUCUACAUGAAGGAGUAAGAGAAUGCAACUGAGUAUGGAUAAGUUCCUUUGUCUCACCACUCAGUAGUCACACCCAGUCUCUGAAAAUCUGGGGUAAAGAGAGAAGACCACUAAAUCAGAAAGCAUGACCUUGAGGUAGACCGGAACCCUCCUCUAUACUUCGGUAUCUACCCUUACUUUCCUUUCAAACUUGGUACCCUGAACCCAAGUGGAGAAUCCAAAGCACACGUCAAAACUUAUUGCAACCCCAUAGCAUCUCUGCAAAGCACCAUCUGUGCUCCAGUUUCCCUAUUAAUGCCCUGUCACAGAAUCCCACAAGUGACUCCCAUCGUAUGCCUUUCCCCCCAAUUCUGGGACCUUGUUCUUUGUGUUUCCCAGCUUCUUUUGUAGUCUUCCAUCUACUUCUUUCAAAAUUGAUGCGCCACUUCUGCCACUGUGCUAUCACCAUGUUGUUGUCUGAUGCUCCCACUGUUGUUAAAACAGGUCGAUUAUAAAUGCUGGCUCCACUUGGGUCAGAGUGGGUCUGUUCGAAGGCUCUGUUGUAACUGCACAUUGAUGUCUGUUUUUCCUGGAAAGCUUCUUUCACUGCUAAAUCUUGAGAAAGAGCCAGGCUUGGUGGUCUGAUUCUCACUUGGGGUAUGAGAGAUCUUCAGGGCAGGUGUGGUUCUCCAGAGGCUGCAUAUCAAAAGUGGGUGUAGCCAAAGUGUGAUUAUGGGAGUGGCAAAAGCUGCAGUUCUGAAUGCUGUCUUCCAAAGGUUUCCAGUUAUUUUAAAUAAUGUCUUUAUCAUUCAUUCAUUCAUUCAUUAUUAAAUCUUUUUAUCAUUUAUUCAUUAUUAAACAGAAGUUUUCCCCCCAUUUUUUAAAAUGACAAAUUUUGAAUGGGGUUUGGGAGUGUCACAAAAAAAAAAAAUUGGGUCAUAGAAUUCCAGUAGGGGAACCUGCAGAAGCAGUAAGUUUUCUAAAAAAUUAAAAACAUAAUGGCACGUGGUGGGGGACUUGAAGGCCACAAAACCUGGUUUGGCCUCACAGUAUCACAUGUAUCAGCCUUUCUCAAUCCCCAGAUGUUGGACUACAACUUCCAUCAUCCCUAGCUAGCAGGACCAGGGUCAGGGAUGAUGGGAGUUGUAGUCUAGUACCUGGGGGCCCAUGGUUGAGAAAGGCUGCUAUAUUAUUAGUAUUACAGUGGUACCUCAGGUUACAUACGCUUCAGGUUACAGACUCCGCUAACCCAGAAAUAGUGCUUCAGGUUAAGAACUUUGCUUCAGGAUAAGAACAGAAAUCGGGCUCCAGCGGCGCGGCAGCAGCAGGAGGCCCCAUUAGCUAAAGUGGUGCUUCAGGUUAAGUACGGACCUCCGGAACGAAUUAAGUACUUAACCUGAGGUACCACUGUAUUAUUAUUAUUAUUAUUUAUUUAUUUAUUAGACAUUGAGGGGAGGAAAGACACCAGAUUCAUGGAAGGAAGCCUAUAUUACAUUGAUAUCUAAGCCUGAUACAGACAAGUUGGAUUUGAAAAAUUAUAGACCAAUAUCAUUGUUGAAUAACGAUUAUAAAAUAUUUGCAGAAGUAAUGGCCAGUUGUCCCAAGAAGUGUUUAACAAACCUCAUUCAUAUAGACCAAGUCGGAUUUUUACCUAACAGACAAUUAAAAGAUAAUAUACGACACAUAAUAAAUAUUAUUGAAUAUCUAGACUGUAAAAAUGAAAUCCCUGCGGCACUAAUCCUUAUUGAUGCCGAAAAGGCUUUCGAUAAAAUAUCUUGGCAAUUUCUUGUAGGAUGUUUGGAAACAGUAGGGAUAGAGGGCACCUUUUUAGAGGGAAUAAAAGCUAUCUACUCAAGCCAAAGAGCAAAACUGAUCAUCAACAAUGACUUAACUGAGUCUUUUGAAAUCUCAAAGGGCACGAGACAGGGGUGCCCUCUAUCACCUCUUCUAUUUAUAAUGGUAUUAGAAAUUAUUGCCAAUAAGAUAAGAACAACACCAGAAAUACGUGGAAUUAAAAUCGGGGGAAAAGAAUAUAAAUUGAAAGCAUACGCUGAUGAUCUGAUGUUAUCAUUAGAAGAUCCACAAAACAGUGUCCACAGGGUAAUACAAUUAUUAGAAGAAUUUGGAAAGUUAUCGGGUUUUAAGUUAAAUAAAUCCAAAACUAAAAUGAUGACCAAGAACAUGGAAGGAGCAGUGAAAAACCAGUUAGAGGCUCAAACUGGAAUUAAGGCGGUAAAAAAAGCAAAAUGCUUGGGAAUUUGGCUAACCAUGAAGAACAUAAAUUUAAUGGCGGACAAUUAUUCAAUUAUUUGGAAAGAAAUCAAAAAGGAUUUAGAUGUAUGGAACAGGAUAAAAUUAUCAUGGUCAGGAAAAAUGGCCACAAUUAAGAUGAAUAUACUUCCAAAGUUGCUAUUUUUGUUCCAAAAUAUUCUGGUGAUAAGGGGAACCACAGUAUUUAAAGAUUGGCAAAAAAAAUUAUCUAAAUUUAUUUGGCAGGGAAAAAAGCCUAGAAUUAAAUUUAAAUUACUUACUGACAGAAGAGAAAGAGGAGGAUUUGAGGUACCGAAUUUAAAAUUGUACUAUGAGGCCUCAUGCCUCUGUUGGAUUAAAGAAUGGAUUGUCUUAAAAAAUACUGAUUUGUUAGAUCUAGAAGGCUUCAAUACCAGAUUUGGAUGGCACGCAUAUUUGUGGCACGGCAAAGCAAAAGUACAUAAAGGAUUCUCCAAUCAUAUAAUCAGAGGACCACUGUUAGAGGUAUGGGAAAGAAACAAAAAUCUGCUUGAAAGAAACACUCCCUGGUGGUUGUCACCAAUAGAUAUUAUAACAACCAAAAAAAUAAACAUGGAAGGUGAAAGAUGGACAUACGAAGACUUAUUGGUUAGAACAGAAAAAGGUUGGAAAAUCAAAACAUAUGAAGAGUUAGGAGACAAAUUAACGAGUUGGCUACAAUUUCAUCAAAUUAAUGCUCUGUGGACAGAAGACAAAAAGAUUGGGAGGAACGAAAAAAAUCUAGAUUUCAGAUAAAAAUAUUGGAAGGAAAUUCAAAACUCUUAUCAAAAAUGUAUAAACAAUUGUUAGAAUGGGACACUAAGGAUGAGGAGAUAAAGGAAGUUAUGGUGAAAUGGGUGAUAGAUUUAGGAUAUAAUUUGGAAUACGACAGUUGGAUAAAGCUUUGGAACAAAGAUAUGAAGUUUACAGCUUGCGUUGCACUAAGAGAAAACAUGGAAAAAAUGAUGUACAGAUGGUACAUCACUCCUGUAAAAUUAGAAAAAAAUCUUUAAGACUGGAGAUAAAAUGUGCUGGCAGUGCAAAAAUAAGGAAGAAAGUUUCUACCAUAUGUGGUGGACUUGCGAAAAAAUUAAAAAGUUUUGGGAGCUUGUUUAUAAUGAAUUAAAAAAAAUGUUUAAAUACACUUUUGUCAAAAAACCUGAAAACUUCCUUCUGGGGAUGAUUGGUAAUGAAAUCAAGAAAGAGGACCAGAUUUUAUUCCAAUAUGCAACAACAGCUGCUAGAAUAUUAAUAGCACAAAAUUGGAAGUCAACUAAUAUCCCAACGAUAAGAGAUUGGCAAAGCAAAUUAUUUGAAUACAUAGAAUUGGCAAAAAUGACACAAAAAAUUAGAGAUCAGAAAGAAACAAAGUUUAUUAAGGAAUGGAACAAAUUUAUAAUAUAUAUCGAAGCAGAUUUUAAAAAUGUAAAGAUCACAGUAGGCUCAAUAUAACCCUACAACGUGCAGAUAUUUUAAAGAGAAACUGUGGGGGGGAAAUCCUUUGUUACAUAACCCAAGACCGAGGUGGAGGGAAGUCAAUUAGUUAUAUGUUGUUUUGGUCUUCUGUUGUUUUUUCCCCCCUUGUUAGUUUUGUUGUGUGUUUUGUUUUUAUUUGUGAUGAAUUUGUUUUGUGUGUAUUUGUGUGUAAUAAAAAUCAAUAAAGAGAAAUUUAAAAAAAAAAGACAUUGAGGGGACGAGGCACAAAGUUUGGGGGUUGCGGGGGACAGAUAUAGCCUGUGAGACAUGCAUUAACUACCCCUGUUUUAGAGCCAUUGUUAGUCAGCGCUAGACUAGACAGCCCAAUGCUCUUAGGUUUAUAUAAGGCCAGGGUGGGAAACCUGGGGCCCUUCAGAUGUUCUCAGAUUCCAACUCCCAUCAGCCCUUUCUAGAAUGGCCAGUGCUCAUGGAUGAUAGGAGCUGGAGUCUGACGACAGCUGAAGGGCCACAGCUUCCCACCCCUGCCUUAAAUGACAUCAUUCCUGACCCUACAAGACAUCAUCAUAUAAACCUACAGGGCCAAGAUUUGUGUUAUUGCUGUAGGAAAAUUAAAAAAUCUAUCUGCUUAUUAACUAGAUUGCAAUUGUUAUUUUGUGGCUGAAUGAUUAGGGCAACAUCCAAAACUACUCAAAAAGUACCAAAGGCAGAAAGUGUUUAGGUACGGAAUACAUUAUCUUUGAAGCAGAGGAUUGAGUCUGUUGAUCUCCCUUCUACAGAGAGUCGAACACAGUGGAGUCCAUGUUUUUCUCGCUAGUCAAUACUCCCUACAUCUGUGUUUCUGCCCCAACCCUUUUCCUUUCCGACGUAUUGCUGCUUCUGUUGUAGAACACAUUUCCUUUGAUCCGAAGCAUGAGAAUGCAAGGUAUUAGGAAAGCAAUUAAUCCCCUUAGUUGCAAGAGAAGGAUUGUGGUAUUAAAUGAUCUGGGGCUCUUAUAUCUCUUACCUCAUUAGUACAAAGGCUAAUUAGAUUUAUAACAAUUAGAAGCUUUACAGCAUUCUGAGAAUUUUUUGGGAAGGAUGUAAGGUUUAGGCAGCUCACUCUAUUUUGAACAGAGCAGCUUGAAGCAUACUUAGAGGAUGUUGGAAAAUAAUUGACUUAAUAGGCACUUGGAAGUUUUCAUUCUCUGGUUGCGACAUUGUUUUGGCAGAGGCACUGUCCUGUGAAUUUUGGACGUACCUCACAUUGGAAAUUGGCUUACCUGCAAUGGGUGACUGUCAUUUUCUCUUUAUUGCAGUGCAGAGUAUGAAUUGGAUCUCAUCACAGCAUCUCCACAUGUAAAAAAGCAUGGAUAGCCAAUGUGGAAUUUUCCAGGUGUUGUUGGAAAACAACUCCCAUCACCCCCUGCCAUUUGUGCACCUGCACUUUUCAAAUUUUAUUUAAGGAAAAACAAGAUCUUGAGUAGCACGGGUUGGGAAACAACAGGCCCUGGGCAACAAGAAGCCCAGCAGCCAGGGAGUUAACACGCUCCCUCCCCCUGUUUCUGCUUUCUUCUCAGUUUUAGAAACGCAAUACGGGCAAAAGCAAUAAAGAUUAAAGCUCUAAUCCUUGUUGAUGACUGAAAAACCUGAAGCUUUUACAAUGGUGGAAUACCUAAAACUUGAAACUGGGACGUUGUUGUGAUGUUUACACACAUGUUGGGGGUGGGGAAGGUUAGUAAGAAAUCCCUAGGCAAGGCUUUAUGGAUAUUCUGAGCCCUUGCAACUGGAAUUAGGUUGGAUGACGUAUACUCAGCCAUGUUCUUGGGACUGCUGCUGGAAGCGUUCCAAAUGGGAGAAAACGUUCGUGGUGUAGCAUUUCAGACAGAGGAAGGCGGAAAAGAAACCCAAAGGUGAUCGAUGGAAUAGGAUAAUGGAACAUAGGAAGCUGUUUUAUGCGAGGCCACACAAUAGUCUAACAUCAAAGUACGGUUUUCUGAUCCUGGCUUGUUCCAAAGCUAGUAACCAUAGUUUCCUUGUUUGGACGAAACAGGAAACUAUGGUUAAUUAGAGACUUCCUGGACAAAUCACAGCUUCCAUAAAGUAAUUGUGCUUACUCGAAAGUCGUUUCAUGUAAAAUGUGCACCAGUCAUUUCCUACCCCUCUUUUUACUGCCAAUGAUAACUUCCUUAUUGAAUGACCUCUGAUAGGCUGCCAACACUUUCUUUGCCUGUUUUGUUUUAGGUGGCCCUUGCUCCUUGGUGGCUGCCUGUUAAAGGAGCUAACUGGAAGCACCCAGAGGGUCCUGAUUCUAAUAUCUCAAACAGGUGAGCCUCAGAUAGGUAUUGGGUUUCAGCUGUGGUAUUUAAGGCUGCUUCUCACUGGAUAUUUUGAAUUGAGGAUGUAUGUACAUUUCAGCAAUUAUGAAAGCCACAUUAUUUCUAAUGCGGCUUUUUAAAGAGAGGUCGAGGGCUUUGCUCUGAUCUUUAAAAGGAAGAGCAGCAGUUUUUGAAAGCCAUUUGUACCCAUAAUUGAUGCAGGGUGCAUAUACUUUGCUCAUGGACAUCUUCCCAGAUACUGAACACUUAGUGAGAAAUGGCCCUUAAGUACAUCAUCUUCCUGUGAGUAAUGUGAUCCCUAGGGUAUUUGGCUUCCUGCUAUUUGACCUAUCUCUUUCCUUUCAGGUUUCCAUGUUUUUCUUCCAUUUUCCUCCCGUGAACAUUGGCAGAAGCAUUUAUUUGCUAAAAAACAAAAACAAUAAACAUAAAGAAAACAUUUCAUUGUGUGUUAUUAAGACCUUCUUUGAAAAAUGGCACCAUGGUGCCAUGGCGAGUGAACAGCAUUAACCUAUUGAUACGCAUUGCUUUGUAGAUGCACAAGGCAAGGAAUUAUGAGUACCAUAGGAUCUGUGAACCUAUUUUCUGUUUAUAACCUCCUCAUGUUCUUUACAGAGUAUUUGAGGAGGGCAUGCAGGGUUUCUGAUCAUUUCUCCCCAAUAAAGCUACCAUGUUGUAUCAGGGAGCACUGUAAUAUGGUGAAGUAUUCUGGUCUGCUAUGAAAACAGCAGACCAGCCUUCCUCAGCCUUGGGCUUUCCAGACCUUUUGGACCAUAAUUCCCAUCAGCCCUGGUGUGAUGGUUGGGGCUGAUGGGAUUUGUAGUCAAAAACAUCUGGAGAAUGCCAAACUGGGAAAGGUUGCAAAAAAUACUUAAAAAUGCAUACAACUUCAGAUAAAAACAGGAGAUUUAAAAACAAACCCUAAGAGAAACUUUUAUAUUCUGAUUUUAUUCUGUGAACCGCCCUGAGACCUGCGGGUAUAGGGCGGUAUAUAAAUUCAUUCAAUCAAUAAAAUAAAAUAAAAAGGCCACUCCUAAUCCCCAGUACCAAGAACACAUAUUUGACAUUUUUUUGGGCUGUUUGUAGAAUAUGUUAAAAGUUGUGUCACAGCUGUUUGGGUUCUUCAUAUUUGCUACUUUGAAUGGUCUGCUUUUGCUCUAUUAUCUGAAGUUGUAUGUAUUUUUAUAUUAGUUUUUGCUUGUCAAUUUUAAUGUGAGCUGUUAAGCUGCCUCACAGGUACAUUUUCUGUUAGACUAUUUUAUUAGGUUGAAUCAAGUAUGUAGCGAAUCUCAUUUAUAUUGUCAAAAUACAAAAAGCCAAGAUAGCUGGAAAUGGGAGGGAUGGGAUGGAAGAGCAGAAAAUGACCUAAAAGGCCUGAAACAUUCAUGGAAAGCUUUGUUCUACUUCAUUUAUUCUCAAAAUUUAUGCCUUCCCUCCUCCCUGCACCCCUUUCCAUGAUUAUUAUGUGUAACAUCACAAUGUGCACCCUUUAUUUUUCUUACCUGAAUCGCUUUGCGGAAUGCUACAACAAAUGAAGUGGCCUUGAGUCUGUCAUUAGCAUGCAUUAAUCAGAUUCUCCCCCUCAGGGCUGGCAAAACUUGGCGUAUUCUUCAAAUCCUUUAAGACAAGAACCACAUCACAGUAAUAUCAUCUGAUGCUUGCUCCUCAGGACAAUUCCGUCACUCGCUCUCCGAUGGGACGGAAUGAGAAUGAACUGACAUCAAAAAUAGUUACACCAGUUGCCAGAAGAUAAUUAAUAAUAAAAAAAAAAGAGGUCAAAAUUAGUGCUAAAUAACAGUUCUAGAAAGCGGCUCCCUUUCUUCCUACUGCAUUCUGGAAGUUUGUCAUCCUGACCUAGGACAGGUCAAAGGCAUGCUAUUCCAGAAUAGUAUUCUAUAAUAAGAAGGCAGUGUAAGACACUUUCUUAUUAUAGAGCAGUGUUCUAUGAUACUUUCCUUUGUAGGUUUUAUAAAAACCUGAAAAAAGAAGAAGCCAAAUACAGGUGAAUAAAAUGGGUUGCUGAAUUUGAGACGUGUAGAGAGUGUUGUUUGCUAAGGGAGAUUCAGACAAACUGCUUCGGCAAGACCAUUAUCUUAUCCGGACGGCAGGAGUGAAAACUCACAACAUGUAGUCUGCAUGUGAGGGAGGUGUGUGUGGGGAGAAUCAGAGGGGAGAGAUGAAUGAGCAUUGCUAAAUGCACUUUUGGUUACCGUUGGCUGGUCCUGUGGCAUGCACACACGUCAUUGCUCUCUGUGAAUCAAGUUAGUGCGGCAACUCUCUGGCUUGGAUUGGACGUAAUGUUCCUGCUUUUCUUCUUGAAGAAAACAUAAUGUAUUAAGCUAGAAGUGGGUGUCAGAAUGCCACACAUACUCCCUCUGCCCCCUCUGUGGCUUAAUGUCUGUUUACUAAACCAGGAUCUCAAACCACAAUUUGACCAUUGUUAAACAGGACUAAACAGGACAUUAUUAAACCACAAAUCUCCAUUUCGGACAUCAUGUAGAUCUGCAGAUCAGCCAGAUUUGGGCCAGCGUGAGAGCACAAAUGAAGGAAGUCAGGUGAGGGAUGGCAGGGGGAGUGUGCACUUCUAUUUCCUGGCUUAAUUAACUGGUUUUAUUAAGCUAGGUAUAUUCAACCCAAAAUGAUUUUUUCAAUGUCCCAUUCUUUUUUCUUUCUUUUUUUUUAAAGCAACUUUGGAUAAUGAUGAGCAUUCAACAAAGAUUGCUUAGAACUCAUUAGAGUAUUGUUUGCCAUAUCGUUUUAGACAUGUUGCGCGCACAAAAUGAAAGUGGUUUCCAAAGGUCUGAAUAACACUUCAAAAAAGUGCCACCAUAUUGAUCUUUAGGUACCUGAUCUCCUUUGUAUUUGAGUGACUCCACUUGGCUCAUAUAUACGCCAAAAUCAGUUUUGUUACUUCCCUUGCCAUUUCCACCUUCCUCGCUUUUCUGAGCCAUUCUUUCUUUUUUCCUCCAGUCAUCUUUGUAUGUUUGUGUUGUGUUCUGUCGUUCUACCCACUUGAGCCUAAUGGGAAUAGUAGCAAUAGGCAGGUUGCAUUUGUUUAAUAUGCUUCGGUGGGCUCGUACAUUUUUGUGUCAAGCAGUUCCAUGGUUUGGUGUGACGUUCUUAGUGUUUCACUGUGUAGGACCUGUGCUGAGGUUAGUUAGCACCUCUGAUGCCCUUGAUCACACCGUUUUGUUUUUUGUUUGUCUUUCAGAAUGGAUCACCCAGUUCUUCAUGUUUCUUGGAAUGACGCUGUGGCAUUUUGCAGUUGGGCAGGAAAACGGCUACCAACAGAGGCUGAAUGGGAAUAUAGCUGUCGAGGGGGCCUUGAGAAUAGGUUCUUUACUUUUGAUCCUUUCCUUUUUGCAAGUGGAAGCAAAAACAACAAAGAAAGCCCUUUCCUAUAUAUGCUUCCUUAAGUUGAUCCUAUAUAUCCUCCUCGGUCUUUAGGUCUUGCUAGUCUCACCUUCUAAAUAGACAACAUGCAACCCCCCAAUAACUUAAAUUGUUUAAGUUUAAAUAUGAGUCCUACAAAUCUUGUAACUAACGAAGACUCCCCCCACCCAUCACCUUGUGAUGAAGGGACUUUUGAUUAUUCUAGCUGCUGGAAAACCUGGAUGGAGAGAAGUAGCUGCCGUACUAGAAAUGGCCUUUUCUAUUUGAUGGUAAACAGCUAUAUGCAGAAGCAUCAACAUAAUAGAACUUUAAUAAAUGCACAUGGGGAUCUAUGAAAAGGGGGAAGAGGAAAGGAAUUGGAUUGGAUUGUCAUUUGAGGCCCAGUCCCUUCCCAUAUUCCUUUAAGCUGUGAAGGGACUUCCUCAUACACGUUUUAACAUUUCCUAAUGCCAGGGAGUGGUUAAAUUCUGCCGUUUAUGUUGCAUGGUGGAAAUUGUGACCCACAAGGCAUGAUGUAUAAAUCUCCAAACUUAAUCCCAUUAUUGCUUCUGUUUCUUAAAGCCACUUUGUGUUUAAAUCAGAAGGAUAAUACAGUGUCCCCUUUUUGUAAACAAGAGCGCAGCCUUAAUCUCCUGUUCGUAUGACUUACAUUCUGCUUUGUAUAUCCUGUUCAUCUGGACCCCCAGGAUGUCAACUAUAUAAGAGUUCCAGAUUCCCAGUUCUUGUUCCUUUUCAGAGAUACGUUUUGGGUAAUAGGAUCAACAGUGUUGCUUUUUGAUAUGUUAAAAUGUUGCCUUGCAAAAACUGUCACAUAGGUAGAAAAUGUUGGGUACAUGUUUUUGACCUACUUCUUAUGGAUUAAAAACACUUAUCUCUGUGCGUCAUUGGGAGCUAUAAAACUAUCAUUGAAAUUCAUAGCCACUCUUUUCUCUCAUUUUUGAACCUUCUCUCAUCUCCAAGCCAGAAGCAGCCUACUGUUGUCAUGAAUAACACUUGCCUGCGCUUUUUCCAACAGACUUUUCCCCUGGGGAAACAAGCUUCACCCAAGAGGUCGGCACUAUGCUAAUAUCUGGCAGGGAGAAUUCCCUACAAGCAACACUGGGGAAGAUGGAUACCAGGGAACUGCACCCGUAAGUGUGGUGGAUGAAAUAAACUGGAAGCAUCAGUGCAAAGGUGUAUAAACUUGGGAGAUCAUGGGAAACAUAAAUCAAUUUCAGGCAAAGGCAUAGAGUGCAAUUUGGCCCUUUUCUCUUUUUUGCUGCUGAAAAGCUGAUCAACAAAUUCUUUCCCAUGACAACUACCCCACCUGAAAAUGGGGACUUUUCCAUUUAAAAAAUGGCCACAUGCCGCACUAAUCCUUAGUAUGAAUGCAGGAAGAGACAAAACUGGAACAAGAUGAGAAGCAGGAAGUUGGUAGUCUCUCUUCCUUUCCUUUCCUUUCCUUUCCUUUCCUUUCUUUUUGUGUAGAAAAGGCAUGUAUUCAAGAUGUAGGCUACUUGGCUCUAUGAACUGAUGACUGAAGCCUCAUUCCUAUUACAUUGCAAAUGAAGUUACUAACCGGUUUGUUGAUGAGAAACAUCCGGCUGUCUGCUUGCCCUAUGCAGGGUGUCAUUUUUCUUGCUACAAAUCAUUCCCUGGUCACAAAUGUCAGGAUCAGCAAGUAGACGAUUGACAACUUAACAAUUGUUCUUGUAAAUGCAAUGAGAACAAGUUGUUUCAAUCCAUGAUGGUGAUUUAUGCCCAUUGUCGCUUAGUAAGAAAAAAUGUCAAGGAUUUUGUAAUUCAAUUGUUUUGCUCUUCCAUUGCCAAACCCACGCCUAGACAUCAUUCCACACCUGAAUGGUGUCCUUGUUCAUGACCUUGCAUAUUUCCUUUCUGCUUUUCUGCUGCUAACCUUCUGCCAAGGCCCAAUCUGGAAAUGUUGGUUUUUAGAUACGCAGUUGGCAGGAAAGCAGGUAGGCAGCCUGGAACUGGUGCAGUGAUUGGACCAAGAUUGGCUCUCAUGCUUUCGUUUGAUGGCAGCGAGGCUGGCUCAGGAUCCAGCAGAUCCCAGGCUGGUUCAGUCCCCAUUUGGGUCUUUCCUCUCACUGCCACUGAUGCGAUAGCUGGUUUCCAGUAUCACAAUACAGUGGUACCUCUGGUUAAGAACUUAAUUCAUUCUGGAGGUCCAUUCUUAACCUGAAACUGUUCUUAACCUGAGGUACCACUUUAGCUAAUGGGACCUCCUGCUGCCACUGCACCGCUAUCGUAUGAUUUCUGUUCUGAUCUUGAAGCAAAGUUCUUAACCCAAGGUACUAUUUCUGGGUUAGCGGAGCCUGUAACCUGAAGCAUCUGUAACCCGAGGUACCACUGUAUAUCACCAGCUAAACAUCAUGAUAUACUGAUAUAUCACGUUAUCUGAAAUAAGAUGGCGCUAUUUAGAGGUAUCUGAAAUAAGAUGGAGCUAUGGUAAUGUCCUGGGAACUCCUACUAAGUUAUGGGUCUAAAUCACCACACACUAAUGAAAUCAUCACUUUGAUCAGCAGGCAAGCCAAAAUUCAUCCAGACAGGAUUUUGGUUUAGGGCUUGGACCAAAUAUAUAUUCAGGUCCAGGACAAUCCAGAAUACAGUGGUGAGUCAUAGUGAAUACAAAUAAUCUGGGAAAAUAUUGAACAACAACAACAGAAAUCUAAAUUUGAUGUAUAUAAUUAUAUGAAAAUUAACUCAUUGAUAGUAUGCUUCAACUAAACCAUUAAAGAUUUAUGGAUAAUAUAUUAAUGUUCUUUGCAGUUUCAGGGGCAAAUUUAAAAUUUACAGAAGUAGUAGAUUUAGUAAAAAUAUUAGUUUAACAUGCAUAUGAUUUUCUACCAAUUUAAGAGUAAUAUCAGUAAUUUACUAGUGUCUCCUUCCCCACUCAGAGGGUGAACUGCAGUUCUAUGCAUGAGUAAGCCCCACUCAGUUCAACUAAACUUACUUCUACUUUCCUGGGAGUAAGCACCAUUGAAUUCAGUAGAGCUUGCUUCUGAGCAGACACGCAUUUGCUUGCACUGCUUAAAGAUAAGCACCCACCCUCCUCAUCAUUCUCACCUCACAACAACCUUCCAAUCUCCCAUUUCAGCAUAAGGCAGCAACUGUUAAAUCUUGCCUCCUCCAUUCCCCCCACCCACAGAGGGGCCCCCCAAAGCCCCCAUCCCACCAAUCUCUCUCUUUUUAUCAAAGGAAAGGAGGAAGGGCAAGCAAGCAAUGAGAUAAUAUUUUUGUUAACUUCCUUUUUUAUAUGAGGGAAGCUAUUUAAGGCGAACCAACAAUGUCUUACACAGCAGCUUGGUUUUUUGUUCUUACUUUUACACGGGGGAAAGGGGCUCCAUCAAAGCCUCCGAUGGUAGUAAAAGGCUUCAGGGAGGGCAGAGAAAGGCUUCUCUCUCACUCUCGUACACACACAGACAGAAGGGGAGACGGGAAUAUACAGAGCUUUAAAUAACAGGGCAACUUGGUUUCUUGUCCUUUUACACGGGAGUGGUGGGAAGGCAUCAGGGAGGGGAGACGCUUAGCACAUGCACUCACACACAAACACAGGCAGAAGGGGAGAUGGGAGUAAAGAAAAAGAGCUAAGUAACAGGGCAAUGUUUUUUGUUUUGACUCUGAAGAAAGCAACCCCAGUUUCUUCUGGAAGGGGUAAGGCUCAGACCAGCAUCUUUGUAAACCAUACCUACAGACCUGUCACACAGGCUACUAGCCUGCUGAGCCAGGGCUUGCUUCAAAAUUGAAAGAAGUAUGUUGUGAGGGUGGAUAAGUUCUGCUGCUGGUUGGCUGCUGCUUUCCCAGCUCCUUUCAUAAUCAUCACCUGCUUUUGCAGAGGCAGGGGAGCUGAGCUGGGGCUCAUUGCAGAAUCAAAAAGUGACGGCUGCCAUGCCUGCUCUUGUGAGUCGCUCGCUGCAGGAGGCAGAGGAAGCACUAAGAAGCACUGGCCGGCUGCACAGUUUUUCUCAAAAUCGCAGUGUUUGCCAGAUAACAUUUUAUGAAACCGUUAUCAUGCUAUGGACUGCACAACUGAUUUUGAACGAUAUAUUGAAAAAUCGCCCAGGUCUGGAGGAGACGCUUGCCCACACAUUUGGCAAGUAGAAGAGAGAGCUCUGCACCAGCAGAGUGCCACUGGUGCCACUGGUGCCACUGAUAAGGUGCCAAUAAAGCCCAGUAGGGCUAGCUGGAGGGACAGCUUUCCCCAGUCACCCCACCUUGCCCAGCGGAUGGUGGGUUUGGAUAGCUCUGCCCAUUAAUGACUAAUGUGAUAUAUACAGAUAGGUGAAAUGGCCAGUGAGGUAUGAGGUCUUCAAACAGGGACCAGAUUUAUUUAUCUUCUGGAUCAGGGGAGAAAUAAAAUGAAAAGUGGAAAAUAAAAACAACAAUAUUGUAUUGGCUUGUGUACCUCUCUGUUCUCCAAUACCCUUUGUUCUUUUUCUUUUCUUGGCAGGUAACAUCAUUCCCGCCUAAUGGUUAUGGCUUGUACAACAUUGUGGGAAAUGCCUGGGAGUGGACCUCGGAUUGGUGGGGUGUUAGGCAUUCUGCAGAUGAAACAUACAAUCCGGUGAGCAUUUUGUUACUGAUAAGCAUAUCAGAAGGCACUCAUCUGUUGCUUUGCUCCUUCUCCAAUUAUAUCUCUGCAUGUGACAGUGCAGGUCCUGCUCCGGUGUAAAGCCUUGUAAAACAAUGCUGGAUUGUAAACAGACACGUGCCAUGUAACAGUUCCAUGUCUGUAACUAAAGGUGGAAUGGAAAAUUCCCAACAGCUUGCACCUAAUACAAUGGCGGUGUCUACACUAGGAGCCCCAGGAUCUUUUCCACAGCCACCCACUCCAUCUGUAAUUUGCUUUGGGACCCAACUCAGGGUGCUAGAAUUGACCUUUAAAGCCUUUUAUUAAUUUACAUUCGUAGCCCUGAGGUUGUGGAAUGGUUUUCCAGAAGGUUGCUCACUUCACUCUUAUUUUUUAGAAAGAAAGGUGAAACCUGCUGCAGUCAAAUAACAAUCAUACAUGUGCCUUCUUUUUAAAGAUUGCACACACACACACACACACACACACACACACACCUUUAUCACUUGUCUGCCUGCAUUUAUGUUUGAGUUGGCACAAAACGGCUCUGUUGAAUUGUCCUAUCUUUGCAGCCUCAGGUUUGAGUGUCUCUAGGUGAUUUCUUUUCAGUGAGUCAGAUUAUUAGCCUAAUACUCUGAUUGACAAUCUCAGCCAGCAUGGCCAAUGGUCAUGGGGGAUGGGUGGGAGGUGUCAUUUCUAAGGCAGUGGUGAGGAACCUGUGGUCUUCAAAAGGUUGUUUGAGGACCACAGGUUCCCCAUCACUGCCUUAGGAAACGAGUCAGGACCCACCAGUUAAAGACCAGUGGUACCAUAGAUAGUGAGAAAAGGACCAGGGAAACAAGCAGUCAGAUCCUUGCCCACCUGCAUGCUGGACUGAAUGACCUUGGCAUACAUUUCAUUGUCUCUGUCUCUGUCUCUCUCUCUCUGCCUAAUCUACCUUAUAUGGUGGUUUUGAGGACAAAGGGCGCUUUUUGUAUGCUUCGUUAUAAGCAGCUUCACAAACCUUGGAUGAGAAAUGUGGUAUAAAUACCAACCUGCUGUCUGUACUCCUGCAUGAAAUCUCUGACAGAAUUAAAAUUUGACAGAUGACUAUCUGGGGCGUGAAGCUUUCAGCAGUGAAGGUGUUGGGAAAACUGUUCCGAGUGCAGCACAUCCUUGUCAUGUUUCACCUCUAGAGAUCACGGUGCGUUAAAAAGUCAGCAAGCUCAAAUAUAGCUGCAUAGAAGGUCACACAGGGACUCCUAUACACCUGGAGUGGGCAGCCUUUUUCAACCUGAGGGCCAUCUUCUUUGCUGGGCAAGUUUCCCAGGGCCACAUGCCAAUGGUGGAUAGCAAGGGCAAACCAGGAGGGCAGGGAGGUGUCUACACAAACCCACAUCUGUAUUGAGCAAAAGUAGCCAAGGUGUUGCCGUCCAAAUAUUGUUGGACUACAACUAUGGACUACAGCUGUGCUGGCUGUGGCCGAUAGGAGUUGGAGUCCAACAAAAUCUAGGGGGUACCACCUUGGCAGCCCCUGAUGUAGAGAGUCUCCCAUUCUUCCUUUGUACUGUUUUGUUUGAUAUGCAGACAUUGGAUUGAAAUAUAUAUGCAGUCCCAUAUUAUUCAACAUGGCUGUUGCAUUAGACGCCUAUCUUUGUUGUUGAUACACCCAUGUCCUAUUAAUGCUAUGGAAUUAUCUGAAAAAAGCACCAUUUUUGAAUACUUUUGAAGAUCCUCAUCACCUCAACUUGGGUUUGUGGCUGCUUUACCUCCCUGCAGCUCUGAGCUGCAUUGUUUGCCUGAGCCCAGUGUUAGGGGUGGAACACCAGCGGAGCAGUAGCUAGGAAAGCAGGUAGCCUCCAAACGUGGAUUCCCAUCAGCCCUCCUCCAGCAUGGUCAGUGGUCAAGGAUGAUAGGAGUUGCAGUCUACCAACAUUUGAAGGGCACUCCACCUUGGCUAGUCCUGCAGUAAAGAGUGGAUGUGGCAGCUGUCUGGGUUUAUUUCCUUCUUGCAAAGGUGUUACACUGCAGAGAUGUCUUUCAAAGUGAAUGAUGGUCCAGUCUGGAGACAAAGCAGAGAACAAGCAUCUGUAGAAGCAUCCAAGGGGAAAAGAAUGUUAAAACAGCUGUAUAGAACACAUCCCUUAUUCCUGAUGUGUUUCAGAGUCAACUCUCUUUUCUCCCCCAGGGUUAAGGUUUUAACAAGUUCACUCAUGAAAACAGUCUGAAUCCCCACAGACUGGAGCCUUAUAUGCUUCUUUGAAUUUGAGGCAAUUAGAAUCUGCUUAUCUCUGAAAAUAUAUCUGAAGUUGCCAGCCUGUUUCAUUUAUCUGCUUAAGAGCGGUUUUGAAGAAAUUUGCAGAUUCUAGACACGUUGACUUAACCAAACAUAAAAAAAUGAAAACUUCGGGCUCUGUGAGAUGGACUAGCUGAUUUUCCAGUUAUCUCUCAUGAGUGAAUUUUUCAUUUGUCAAGAGUUGCUCUUGAAGCACAUUGGGGAUGGAGGGCGGCAUCCCUCCUCACCCUUCCUAUCAUGGGGGGUCUGUCUGUCCUUGGGGUUGUUGUUUCCUCUGAGGGCGAGUUUUAAAGACUCUACAUUGCCUUCAUGCCCUGAGCAUAGGCUUCCCAAGAGCCAUCUGGUUGGCCUCUGUGGGAAACAGGAUGCAAAACUAGAUAGGCUUUAUCUAGCUGAGCUGGUGCUCAAAAUGGUUUUUUUCUUGCAAAGGAACAGGAGCCUGUCAUGCCAUGUUCCUCUUCAACGUGUGAAGAUUCUGCAGAUCUGCUAGUUUGGAACAGGAACUUUUAAUUAGCCACUGAAUCGGAAAACGCAAGCAAAGCUUGAUGCUCAGACCUACAAAACACUAUUGCCGUAAAGUAGUAAACACAAAUUCUCCGGGUGGCCUAAAUAAUCAAGAAUUCUUCAUUACUCUAAUUAAGAUUUCCAUCAGGCCGCGUCUUUGUUUUUGUAAGGCUUUCUGUUUUCAUGCUGGGGUCAAGGCAUCAGAGCUUGAGGAAUGGAAGAAGUUGGGCUCUUGAGCACCAUCCUGAACAGUAGCUUUUUCUGUCUUUUUUCUCUUUUCAUUUUGGUGCAAGGCUGCUGCGGCACAGACCGGGAGCACACAGCUGUGUAAAUACAGGCAUAUCUUUCCAAAUUUAAUGCACAUCUCCCACUUUCAAAGACUUUCUUCUUUUUAUUUUUCUUCCUAACAUCCCCCUUGUGAUUCCUUCUGCUUCCCACCACCCCAUGCUGGUUUUCUCCUCAUGACACUGGGCCAGUAGGCAGCCCUGGAGUAUGGUAUUAGAGCAAGGCGCAUGGGAUUAGGGCCUUUGGCUAGAGCAACAUCUCUCUCAUUUUGUGCUGUGGAGGAGAUUUACAUCCUUAUUUUUAUUUUUUUGUCCAAGUUAUCAGUUUAGGACAGAUUGAAGGAGCCAAUUAUGUUUAGCCUUGAAGAGAUUACUAUUAAUGAGAGAUAAGAUAGUUGUUGUCAGAUACUGAGCUGUGACCUCCUAGAUGAUGCAGCAAAUUAUGUUUUCUGCUGCUCUAGAGGAUAGGACCCUGAAUAAAUGAGUUCACAUGAUGAGAAAGGAUAACUUUUGACUAAACAUUUGGAACAACUCUUAUUUUUUUUAUUAAUAAAGUUUUUUAUUUAUACAACAAGAAAAACAACAACAACAAAACCCAAAUACCAAAUUACACACAAAUUACAAAAAUAACCAUAGACACAUAAUUUUCUUAGCAAACAAUAAAACAUCUAAUGGUCUUAACACUAAAGACCCAACUUCCCGUCUAUUCCAUAUUUCAAAUUCAUAUUACUUAUUGCCAAUACACAUUUUUUUCAUAAUUAAACUUAUUCUCAAUAAAUCUAAUUUCUUAUAUCUACCUUGCAACUACUACUGAAGUUCCUCGAAUGCUGCAGCAGAAUUUAAACACUAUAUUUAUUUUUCAGAUAUUCUUUGAAAACCUCCCAUUUAGAAACAAAUUCCUGUUUUGAUUUAUUCUUUAUUUUUUCUGAUAAACCAUCUAAUUUGGCAUAUUCUGUCACCUUUUGGAUCCAAUCAUGGCUAGAGCAACAUCUCUCUCACUUUCUGCUGUGGAGGAGAUUUACAUCCUUAUUUUUAUUUUUUUUGUCCAAGUUAUCAGUUUAGGACAGGUUGAAGGAGCCAAUUAUGUUUAGCCUUGAAGAGAUUACUAUUAAUGAGAGAUAAGAUAGUUGUUGUCAAAUACUGAGCUGUGACCUAGAUGAUGCAGCAAAUUAUGUUUUCUGCUGCUCUAGAGGGUAGGACCCUGAAUAAAUGAGUUCACAUGAUGAGAAAGGAUAACUUUUGACUAAACAUUUGGAACAACUCUUAAUGGCACAAGCUGCUUGGCAAUGAUGCAGACUGCCUCAGAAGGUGGUGCAAUCUUCUUUGUUUGAGUUAGUUUUUCAAGUAGAGGCUGAAUGGCCACCUAUGCGAGAUUCCAUAGUCUCCUCCUCCUCCUCCUCCUCCUCCUCCUCCUCCUCUUCUUCUUCUUCGGCAAUCACUCAUAGCCGAGUAAGAUUGUCUUCCAUAAACACGGUUUUAACAAUGAGUCUGUAAGUGACUGCAGAGGCCAAUUCUGGACCCACACGUCCUUCCACAGUGGGGACAUUGGUUCCCGGGUGGGAGUUGAUCACGGUGUGGAUUUGCCAAGUGUGCCUUCCUCUUAGCACAUUUCUCCUUUGUGUUCUGAGUUUGAGUGUCUUCAAAGUCCAUGACAACUUCCUUGGCAGGGAGUGGACUAGACCAGUGGUUCCAAAUGCCAACAGAACUUUCAGAUUUUCAGCUUUGAUUCCCCUUCUCCAGGUUUUCUGAACACUCUCUCUUUCUCUCCCUCUCUUUCCCCAUCCCUUGCAAAUGAGACGCAGCUCUUUCUUUAGAAGGGAGCCAUAGUACUAACUGUGAAGGGCCACCUCCACUGUAGUAACUUUAGCUCUCUUUGGGAUCAUACAGUUGCAGAACCUCACAGGGGUUGCAGCUGUCACUUUACCAGGGAGGAGGAAAAGGGAGAAGGGGAUGGACGGACGAACGGAUGGAUGUGGAUGCCUGUGCAAGGAAAACCCAUUCACUUCUCUUUCCUGCUCCUCAUACCCACUCAUACAGAAACAGUGAGAGCCACUCUACCUGACGCACACGCAGCCAACUAGUUGCCCCAUUCCCCUUUUCAAACGAUGGGUCAGCUGCUCCCCCAGGCAGUUGGGGCACCCUUGCCCAACUCUGAGCCACCCAUUUUCCCCUUGAGGGGAAGGACAACAGGAAACAUCUGGCAAUCUCAAUGGGAUAGCCUUUGUCUCUUCUCCUUGAGGGGAAAAUGAGCUGAGGGGCGCUAGUUGCAAAGCUUUGCAGACCCGCUGGGAUAGCUCCAAGGACCCUAGGUUAUUUCUUUAGGAGUUUAGUAUUUUGACAUGGCAUUGUUUCAGUAUCUGGUAUUUCCUGAUCAUGCUUGCUAACAGAGUUGUGAAUGAAACAGCAUAGCUACUGUGAAUUAUCAGUAGCAAACCAAGCCAUUUUUCCUGAUAGUUCCAGUGGAGCGAGGGCUGGUUAACAGUACCGUUGUAUGUGAGAAAAAGGAAGGACUUGAAUGACUGUCUCCUCCUGUUUUGUCAACUAUAACUUAUCAGCUUGCAGAGAAGCAGCCAAGCAUGAAUGUGAUAAAUGAACCGUGCUUCUUAACCUAGAGAUGGCUUUUAAUUCCAUCCCUUUUCAGCUCUUGGAAAUGCAUGGUUGCUGGGCAGAACUGUACGCAGUUCAGCACUGAGAGGCUAAAUUAGCUUUGUGGCGCCACAGCAAGUUAGAGCUCUCCAUUUUUAUAUGUGGACAGUUACAGAUUGGUGUUUUGAAAUGCAUUUUGGAUUGUUUCAUAAGUGUUAGCAGAUGGGGGACAGUUUAAAUGUUUAAAGAAGCACUUGUAAAACAAGCUUUUAUGGGUGCUAUAUUGAGACUUGCUUUCCCUUGAAUCUGUCUUUGCAUAUUCCACCUCAACCAGUUUCCAGGCUUAGUAGGGACCUUUCCUGGUCCAUGGAGGGAAGCAGGCUUCCAGGUUGAGUACAGUGGUACCUCGGGUUAAGAACUUAAUUUGUUCUGGAGGUCCGUUCUUAACCUGAAACUGUUCUUAACCUGAGGUACCACUUUAGCUAAUGGGGCCUCCCACUGCCACGCUAUUUCUGUUCUCAUCCUGAAGCAAAGUUCUUAACCUGAGGUACUAUUUCUGGGUUAGUGGAGUCUGUAACCUGAAGCAUAUGUAACCUGAAGAGUCUGUAACCUGAGGUACCACUGUACCACCUUCUGGCCUGAAGACUUUCCCCUCAGUUUUCCUUCUUGGGUCUAGGCCUCAGGGAUGGACCUAGGUUCUGAAUGGAAGGGAUACAAUGUCCACAGAAACCAGGGCUGCAUGCACACCAUACAUUUAAAGCAUAUUUUCAGCAAACACCUUUCCUCCAAAGAAUCCUGGGAACUGUAGUUUAUGCCUCACAGAGCUAAAAUUCCCAGCCUCCUUAAUAGACAAAGUUCCCAGAUUCUUUGAGAGAGUUUUAAUUGUGCUUUAAAUACAUGGUGUGCUCACAUACAAGAUGCACUGUGACCAGCAAAGAAGCUGAGCAGAUGCAGGGCUGUAGUCUGCCAGCAAGGGCCACAGCCUGCCUAAUUUCUGUAGUAAACAUACUUAUUGGCCUUAUUCGCUGGGAGUCACAAGUGGGUAGAGCGCUGUUGCACUCAGGUCCUGCUUGCAAGCAUCCUUGGGGAUUCUGGUUAGCCAUUGUGAGAAAAAGAUGCUGGACUAGAUGGACCAUUGGCCUGAGCCAGCCAGCUCCUCUUAUGUUCUUAAUGGGAUCCCUCCCUCAAAGCAAGCCAACCAGAGUGCCAGGCAUCUGUCCACCCAGCCACCCUUGGAAUCGUGGGUAGAAUUAUUCCCAAGAGGGGGAAUAAUUCCCGUAUAGCCUUGCUAUAUAUUUUGGGGAGCUCUCCCUCUUGGAUGAUGUAUGCUUAUUGCCACCUGAGCUUUGAAUCAGUUUCUGGGUUACCAGAAGGAGGAAUAAAAUUCUAUCAAUAAAAUAUAAAAUAAAACUCUACCUUUCUUUUGUCUCUUCCUACAAUAGCCAACAUCUGUCUAUCCCUAAAUCUGUAGUAGAUGACCUGAUGGAUUUGCCUGCCUUGGUUACUGCAUCUCUCUUUCCCUGGCCUUCCUUGUUCUCAUCUCUGCUGCCACAAUUAGCCAUCAUUCAUUGGUUUCCUUCACUCGGUGCACUUCCACACAGCAGUUUUGUUUGGGGCUUGGCGUAGCACAUGCAUGCAAGUUUUGUGCAAUGUCCACGAAGCACCAUCCUCAUCGAUGUGCCAUCUCACAUCAUUUCCCCAUUUAAUCCAGGUUUACCAUUUCCAUAAGAAAAUCUGAUUUGGAAAAAAAGCAAAACUACACCCCCCCCCAAAAAAAAUUGGACAGAGGAGUGGGAUGGCAUUUUCAGUCCCCUCCUCCUCCUCCUUCUUUUUCUUUAAUAAAUUAUACCUCACUUUUCACCAAAAAUAAAAUAACCCAGCCAGAGUAAAUUGCCCGUGGAAUUUUUCAAUCCAGCUUUCCUAUCUGGGAUAAAUUCUUUGUGUUUACUCAACAAAACUCAUCCUUCAUUUUCCUUACCUGCCCAACCUUUUGUUUCUUAUCUUUUUACUCUUUCUUCAUCCAAGAAUCUUUCUAACUCUCAAAAGUGUUUCAACUCAACUUAGGUAUCUAUUUUCAGCUCUUCCCUUAGAGUGCACCUUAUCCCCCCACCCCCAAUUUAGUCUCUCCAUGGUUCUUUUCUCCCAGGAUUAUUGCAGAGCCGUACUGUACUUGUAACGUGUGUGUUAACUUCUGUCCCUCCAGUGUUGGUCUCUGUCCUCUGAGCUAAAUUGUAAGCCACUUUCAGGCAGGGAACUAUUUUUAAGUCUGUGCUUGUACAGCGGCAAGCUGGCACUUAAUAAUUGGAAGUAAUUAAUAACAGUGCAUGCAUAAUGACAUAUAAUCAGAAGGUCUUCGGGAGGUGUCAAAUAGGGCCCUUAGUUUGUCUCUUUCAUAUCAGCCAGGCUGAUUUUCAGGCUUUCGUUAUGACUGAAGGCAAGCAAGCAGCAAGAUGCAAGCACAAGUAAAUAUUAGCUUUUCAUGACCUUAACCUGCAUAUAAACUUAGGUGGGAACUUGACUCAGUGCUUGUUGUAAAAAUAAUAUACUACACAUAUGGCAUGCUGAGGCCUCUAUAUAGGACCAGUCCAGUGAUGGGGGUGCCUGCUGGAUCUGUUGGAUCACAUUGCAGUUCUGAAGCAGUCCUGCUUCCGAGUCUUCAGUGAUUUCUAGUUUUGGUGGAAAUUUUAGUAAAUAUUGUAAAAUAAAAUCUGCAUAAAAGAAUAACAAAGGGGGGGGAAUCGCUCUUUUUUAAAAAAAAGAAAGGCCAAUUCAGUUCAAGGAUUGUUUAUCUAAAUGACUCUGUCAGGGUUCCUUGCAAAUUAUAUUUCAGAAACAGCUUGUUUACUCAGGUUCCUUUUAACUACAGGCAGAUCAUCCUGAUAUGAAUGACUGAUAUGAAGCCCAUCUGUCGUCGCAAUUUAAACAAAAACCAGCAGAAAAACAAAUAACCGUAUUUUUCGCCCCAUAGGAUGCACCGCCCUAUAGGACGCACCUAGUUUUUUUUGGGGGGGGGAAUAAAGAAAAAAAUUUAUUUCCCCCCCCCCCAGGCACGGGGCUGGCGCGGGGGAAGUCCGAGCUUCCCCCGACCCCAGCCCCCAGAACAGCCUGCUAUCCGCAAGCCUAGGGAGCCGCACUGGUCUCCCCAGGCUUGCGGACAUCUGUGCGAAGCCCGGGCGUGCUGAAGAGGCUUCGAAAUGCAGGCAGCUCUGCGCCACCCUCCGGAGGCCGGCGCGGCUUGGCGCCGGGCUCCGAAGGGUUGCGCAGAGCUGCGCGGACCCCGGGAGGGCAGGCAGCUCUGCGCGACCUUCCGGAGGCCGGCAUGGCUUGGCGCCGGGCUCCGGAGGGUUGUGCAGAGCUUCCUGAAGCCUGGAGAGCGAGAGCCUCUCGCUCUCCAGGCUUCAGCGAAAGCCUGUAUUCACCCCAUAGGACGCACCCACAUUUCCCCUUCAUUUUUGGAGGGGAAAAAGUGCGUCCUAUAGGGCGAAAAAUACGGUACAUUCUGUAUUCAGGCCACUACUUUUGUGACAUUGCGGAUAACCUAACUGCAUGUGUUGUAACUGGACUACAUGUCCCAUCACUCUUGACUGCUGACUGGGGCUGAUGGGGGUUGUAGUCAAACAACGUCUGAAGAGUACCACAUUGGCUACCCCUUCGGGUGAACUAUGGUAUAAUGGAUAGCAAGCGAAAGGAACAGUCAGGAUGACAGAAGAUCCAGUGAUACAGCUACAUAGACAAGCCUGCCCUUAAUAGGCUUGCAACAUGCCAUCUUCAUAGCCCAUGCGUUGGCAUUUUGAAAGCAAGCUCCAGCAAGUUUUUAAGCCACGAUUUAUGGUCCCAUUUCUAACGACGAGCCAGAUUUCAUGGAAACAGAAAUGAAACUGCUGCAGUCAUUCUCCUGGCUAUGCAGGAAGAGGAGAGGGGAAUCGUGAGAAUGAGAUGCUAGCAGCAGCUCCUCUCAUUAAACCAUGAUGCAGUAUUACAUGCAAAUGUCGCCAAAGACACUAGAGGACCUGCAAGUGUUAUCUGGGAGAAAUGGCAGUCUUUGGAAAGGGAGAGGGGUUUUUUUUUAUCAAUAAGAAUGGUAACAAAAUAAAACAAUAGCUUUGUUUUUUAAAAAAAUAAAUCGGUUGUGAUUAUUACACUCUUAAAUUUAGGCGAACUUUUAAGGGCUUAGCUUAAUCCUAGAUUUUUCCAGAAUGCGUUUUAAGAUUCUGCAUGGUAUUUCUACACAUGUAUGAUUGAGGGUUUUUUUAUUUUUAAAAGGUAAGCCAUUCCAGAAUCAACCCUUAACCGUUCUUUUUAGAGUCAGGGUAUGUGUGAAGAGAGAAUGAGUACAGAAGCAUAUUUGCGGCUAAAUAAAUAGAGGCCAACAAGCAGAGGGAGUGGGUCUGUUAGGAUGGGAUAUUUUCUACUUAUCAGUGAAUUCCCUCUACUGUAAUAAACACUGUUUGUACUUGAAAGGGGAUUCCAUUAAGGGGAUAAUGUUGUGUAAUGCAAUAGGCAGCCUGAAGAAGGUACAGCUCAAGUGGCUCAGUAAUGCGUGGCUAUGUACUAAUCCUAUUUUGCAACAGGCAGUUUUCACUUUAAUUUUUGCUUUGCUGCCAAAACACUCUUCUCUUGCAUUCUCUUCAUAUAAUUAAUAGCUUUUGAGGGGGCACUUAAUCCAAACAACCCCCUGCUCAUUGUAUCUGUACUUUAGUAGCAGAGGUUAUCCUUUUAUAAUCCUGAGCACGUACCAUAUUUGUGAGAGAUUGAGCCCUUUGUGGAAUCAGAGACUGCAAAGCUUUUCAUAUCAGUUGCUCUUUUUCCACCAGCAAAAGACUGACUACCCUAAGAUCGGGUCACAUUCAGUAUUGCUGUUGAUAGACAUGCUUUCUGGAUUUUCAGUCACACUUUUUGUUGACGGCACAAUGUUUCUACAGGGAACCCUGUUUCAGGCAGUGGUCAGGUCCUUUUCCACAUUUUGUACACAGUUUGAGAGGUUCUUUAAGGCAAUAGAACUCCCAGAAAUUAUAUUAGUGGAGUUAAAAGGCACAGACCCUGAGAACUACAAGUACCUCUAGAAGGACUUUUGCCUGGCUCAUAUAUCUCAGCAGAUUGUGAUUGAAACCAGUAGGAUGAACCUGAAACCUUUGGUGACAUUAAGAGUUGUAGCCAAAUGUUAGUCGGAGUAGACACAUUGGAAUUAAAGGACAUGGCUACCUUAGGUCCAUUAAUUUCAUUGGGUCUACUCUGAGUACAGUGGUACCUCGGGUUACAUACGCUUCAAAUUACAUACGCUUCAGGUUACAGACUCCGCUAACCCAGAAAUAGUACCUCAGGUUAAAAACUUUGCUUCAGGAUGAGAACAGAAAUAGCGUGGCAGUGGGAGGCCCCAUUAGCUAAAGUGGUACCUCAGGUUAAGAACAGUUUCAGGUUAAGAACAGACCUCCAGAACGAAUUAAGUAUUUAACCCGAGAUACCACUGUAUGUUGGAUACAAUCCUAAACUAACUCUUUUGUAGGGAACAAUGAGACUAUCUCCCAACCCUCCGCAUAUCCAGGGAAACAAACAAACAAACAAACAAACAAACAAACUGCCGUUCUUCUGAGUGGGUACAGGGGAGAAAAAGAUUGGGAUGUGGUAGCAGGCAGAGAAUUACACAAUUUGCUUUGGUUUCUGCUUACAGUGCCAAACGAAAACAAAGGAGACCCAGGUUUGAAUUCUCAGUCAGCCAUCAAGCUUUCUGAGUGACUUUGGGCCAGUCAGAAGGAAGGAAAGAUGGGAUCCAAAUGUCCACUGACAGAGGCAUUAUGCUUCUGAAUACUAGUUCGUGGAAACUACAGAAGUGGGGAAUGUUUUGCUCAGGUCCUGCUUGUGGACUUCCUGUAGGCAUCUGAUUGGCCCCUGUGAGAAUGGGAUGCUGGGCUAGAUAGGCUACUCGUCUGAUCCAGCAGGUUCUUCUUAUAUAAAACACACAUCGGUGUAUUAAUUCUUGUAUAUAGAGCAUUUGACUGAAGGUAGGCUUGAAAGUGUGUGGGCAGUACCCUUUGAAGCAAGAAUAGUGUCGUGAUCCUGGCAUUCUGCAGGCGAUUCAGCCCAAGGAUUCAGAGUGGGAAGAUGGAAUUGUCCUCAAGGCCAGCCCCAGGUGUGCAUACCAAACCAGGAGCACCUAUUCAUGAUGAAACCAUUGUCCCAGUAUCUCUCUGUCCCCUCCUCUGACUCUUAGGACUCCAGCUCAGUCUUGGUGGAACCGCAGCAUGAAUCAUGCUCAUUCCCUGCAGUUCUGAAAUGAAGGACUUCAUGGAUGCAGUGAUUCAGCAGCAUCAACAAACAAAAACAGAAGCAAGACAAGCAUUGAUGUUCUUUCUGACUCAAGACUUUAUUUUACUUUUUGUUAAGUUUUUAUUUUAAAAAGCCAACUUGAUGCUCCAGCUACUUGCAUGUAGCUAAAGGACCUGUAUGGAUUUCCCAAAUAAUACUAGAAACAAAGGGGUGCAUAUUUUUUUUCCUGCCUUAUUUUUUCUGCAUUUUAAAUGCCUAUAAGUAAAAAAAUGAAAAGAGAGAAGUAUGUAGUUAUUAUUGCAUAGAUCCCUCUUUUCAAUUUUUUUGCUUACAAGCUUUUCUUGAGAUUCUUUUAGUCCUCAGACCCUGGAUGCAUUUAGAACACAUAAUAGUACUAACAAUGCUAAUUACUAAUAAUUCCAAUGACAUUAUGAAAUAACAUCAUACUGAUCGUUUUCACCCAUAAGUUUCCCAAAGUUUGUAAUAUUAGAAAGCUUUCUUUUACUUCUCCCUCCUUGCCAUUCCCAACACCUUAGCCUGCACUGUAGAGUAUGGUUCUGUUACAGUCAUUGCCUUGCCAGCAUCUUAAACCCUAUCCCCAUUUCACCAUUUUGCAAAUUGUUCCCAAGGGACCCUGCUAUGUAGAUCAGGCCAAAGGCCCAUGUGUUCCAUGUGUUAGAAUUCCAUGUGUUCUCACAGUGGCCCACCAGGUGCCUUUGGGAAGUCCUGAAGCAUGACAGCACUCUCUGCCCUUGUGCUCCCCAGAAACUGGUGUUUAGAGGCAUGCCACCUUUGAUACUGGACGUAUGAAUGAAUUUAUUAUUCCGGUCACAGACCAGUUCCAGCCCACAUACAAUAUCAAGGAAGUCAUAAAACACAAUAGGGGUACAUUUGAAUUUGCAUUUAGGUAUAACAGGGACAAUACAGAUAAAGCAACAGUAUAUAUAUAUAUAUAUAUAUUUAAAACUUAGUCGUUAACAUAUAACCUAAAAUUAUCAUUUAAGGCCUUAAUGAUUAUGAUAGCACAGCUCAUUCACCCUUGCAAGAUUCAACGUGCUGCCAUCUGCCUUAUUGAAGGGCAGAUUUGAGGGUAAACCAUACGCAGAACAAGUCUGCCCCUGCGACUUGAUAGAGGUAGAAACUGUCUCUCAUGCCUUGUUAUGCUGCCAUUUCUACGGGGAUGUACGCUCGGUAUUUAUUACCCCUGCUAUGCAAAAAUCUCCAAAUAAAUCCGAUACUGGACAUAGUACACAACCAUCAUGGCUGCUACCCCUGAACAGCCUUACCUUCAAUGUUUUUUCCCCCCACCAUCCCCUUUAAAAGCUGUGUAAGAUACAUCUUGUGGUAGAAAAUUCUAUAGUAUCCUGAAUCUUACACCCUUCAGCUUCACUUUGAUGGCUCCUGGGUUCCAGAAUUAUGGGAGAGGGAGGAAACUUCUGUCUAUUUUCUCUACACCAUGCAUAAUUUUAUUCACCCUCUAUCCUGUCCUCACCUUACUCCCCAGCUUUUAAAAUCUAAAAACUCCCAAAUGUUUUAAUCUUUCCUCACAGAGGAGUUCUUGCAGCCCAUUGGUCAUUUUUGUUGGCCCUCUUUGGUACUUUUUUCAGCACACCAUUUCCCCCUCAGCUCUAAAGCACUCUUUUUACACAAAGCUGUAGGUUCCCGGCAUUAGUAAUUUCCUUUAGACAUCACCUUUUGGCAGCUGCUGGGAAGCUGCUGUUCCCCAGGGCUGCAGAGCUUUCUGAGGGUCCCAGGAGCCAAAGCGGGAAAGGGCCAGUUGUUGUUUUGUCAGAUUUCCACUGCUUAAGGAUUUAGUCCUUUGUGUACCUCUUCCCACUUCUAUGUUGACUAGCAGAAGCCAAAUAAACCAAAAAAUAUAUGAUCAGAUAUAUUUACUAAAAGGUUUAUAUCCUGCAGUUUCAACUGAAUCAAUCUUCAAGAUAGCAGUGAUUUUCUUUUUUAAAACAACAACAACCCCAAACCAAAAAACAACAUAAUUUUACCAGUUCCUUUAAUUUGCCUUGUUUAUACAGGUUGUAAAGCUCAGCUAUUCUUGGAGCAUCAUUUGGGUUACCUUGGUACAGAAUGUCAUUUUUUAAAAAAUGGAAUAGAGCACAUAGCCUAGUCAUAGCGCAAAUGACAGAAUUAAGGUAGCUCAAGAUUAAUUCCAGAAUUAGUUGGUUAUUACAGUUUCUGCCCAGUAUGUUUUUGAGGUGAAUGAGUCCUUUUAAACCUUAAUUCUUAAUUAAUUAAACUCCACACAGGGUUUUGUUAUCUACUGCCUGACCUGUAAUCUUUAUUAAAUCACAAAAUGCUAAAGUACGUGCACCUGGCAAAUCGCAAGGGAAUGAUUCUUACCCAGCUAUACUCUUUGAGGAAUGACGUGUUUUGUCAAUUCAAAAUUGGGUUGAUUAGCAGCUAUGCAAUUGUUCCUGAAUAAUCUCUUUCCAGGCCUUUUAUUUGGUGCCUUGGCAAGCAAGGUUGUGUUGGUAGUAGAAUACUGGCUUUCCAGGGCUUUGACCAUUUGUGAUAUCUCAGAAAGCAAGUACUUUCAAAAGCAAACAAAAUUUCCCCAGAGCCAUGCUGUUUAAGAGCAUGGGAUGAGACCUGCUGGAUCAGGCCAAAGACCCAUCGAGUCCAGCAUAGUGGGCAACCAGGCCUAUGGGAAAGGGGGACCUCAGUGCAGCAAUGCUCUCCUCACUUGCAAUUGCCAGAAACUAGUAUUCAGAGGUAUACUGCCUAUGUCAGUUGAGGUAUGGCAUAGCCAUACCUCAACUCUUUGAAUUUGUCUCAUAUUCUUUCAAAGCCAUCUAACUUGGUAGCCAUCGCUUGGUAGCCAUUGGAUGACCUUGGGGGAGCGAAAUCCAUAGUUUUAAGUAUGUGCUGUGUGAAGAUGUCUGUUCUGAAUCUUCCAACACUCUGCUUCAUUGGAUGACCCGACUUCUAGCGAUACAAAAAAAGGAGAAUUCACUUUCUCUGCACCAUAAUUUUAUAAACCUCUGCUGUGCCCCCUGUUACUCACCUUUUGUCCAAACUUAAAAGCCCCAGAUAUGAUAACCUUUCCUCGCAGGAGCAUGGUUCAUUUUAGUUUUCUACCAUUUUCUAGCUGUACAAUAUCUGUUUAAUCAUGUGAUAGUUAACACGCGUCGUUUUUACCCGUCUAAAAGAGGGAGCGGGGCGAGAUCUAUAUGCUUCUCAGGUCCCGAGCGAUAUGCUGAUAGCGGCACACAUUAUGGGAAUAUGGACUACCACCAAAUAGGUGAAUGUAUCACAGUGAUGCAUCUCUUAAAUUGGCACAAAUCUUAACGCUAUAUGCCAUAGGAGCACAGCAAGUUGGACAGAAUUCUACUAAUUGUUAAUACAUUUUCAAUCCAUCAUCACAAUUUCUUUAGUGUCACUGAGCUCUGAGCAGCAUGUUAUAAACUUACCCAGGGAAACCAAAAUAACAUGCUUGCUGCAGACUUGACAGAAGAAAGCAGCAAUUAGACACUGAUGCAGUCACUGCUGCGCUUUGGCUGGAGCAAUUACGCCGGACUGUCUUCUAGUCCUGAGCAAUGUAAUUAUUUUCAAGCUUUUUCAAACCCCCCUCCCCCUCCCGCCUGCCAAGCAGCUGUAGUUUGCUUACACAAAGAUUAGAACAUCUAUUAAUUCCUUUCUACCUCUCCGUUGGGUGGUGUUUGCUCCUAGUUUUGUACAGAUGAUCAGUCAUUGGUAUUUUUCCAUCCACAGAAAGGACCCCCGACCGGGACUGACCGAGUGAAGAAAGGAGGAUCCUAUAUGUGCCACAAGGUAAUGCUAAAAGGCAGUUGUCAAUCUGCUGCUGUGCAAUAGUCUCUUAUUUUGUACACCUGAGAAUUAGUGACACACAGAGAGAAUUGCAUCUCGUGAUGCACAUCUGAAAAGAAGCACUUCUGGGUGGACAAAUGUGGGGGGGUGGGGUGGGGGAGAUAAAACAAUGAACUGUUAAUUUGAAUUCCCAUUUAUCUAAGCUGAGAUAAAAUAUCAGUUGUCUCCUAAUUUUAGCUUGACGGCAAUUUAGCUGUCCCACUUUUGCAUAGUUAAGACAGCAAGGAACUUUACAAUCUUCCUUUUACUCCAGCGGCCAACCCACACAACUGCUGGCACAAGUGCUUCUUUAAAUCGAGCUUCUACUGGGGCCUCUGCAAGUGCAACUGUGUUAAGGAUAUAAGGAGAACGAUGCUGAAUCGCAAACAAGGCCCAUCUCACUCUCAGGGGUGAGGAACUGGAUCUGGUGGGUGAGCCAGAUCCUUAUCUCCCUGCCCCAGUUUGACAACUAUUUAUGGCCACCUGAUGUCAGUCACCUGAUGUCACAAGGACGUCAGGCAACUCAGUUUUGCCUGUGCAGUAGUUUGAAGGCCUCCCUCCCCCUAAAAAACCCUCUGAUUGUCAGAGUUUGCAUAGCACAUGGAGCUAUGCAAGUUCUGGGCUUUGCAGGUGCCUCCAGCUGAUCAGCGGUGUCUGCAGCUCUUAGGGCCCAGCCAUGCCUGCACUUUCCUCGUACCUGAUGUAGAGCAGGUAGGUGUAGCUUGGCCAAAAUGGGCUUCUAGGCUAACUGGAAAAGCCUGGCCGGCUAAUUAGGCCUGUGGGUUGGAGGUUCCCUACUGCUGACAAAUCUAAGCCAGCCCCACAGACUCGUCUGGUGGAUGGGCUUCUGGGGAUGGCACUGCAUUCCUUUCCCCCUCUGAGUCCUCAACCACAUCCCCAGAAGAAGGAGAUGAUGAUGAAGAAGAAGAUUAUUUUGGCAGGUUGAUUUAGAGCUAUGGUGAUUGGAAUAAGGUAAAGGUAAAGAGACCCCUGACAAUUAGGUCCAGUAGUGGCCGACUCUGGGGUUGCGGCGCUCAUCUCGCUUUAUUGGCCGAGGGAGCCGGCGUACAGCUUCCAGGUCAUGUGGCCAGCAUGACUAAGCCGCUUCUGGUGAAGCAGAGCAGCGCACAGAAACACCUUUUCCCUCCCCCUGGAGUGGUACCUGUUUAUCUACUUGCACUUGGACAUGCUUUCGAACUGCUAGGUUGGCAGGAGCAGGGACCGAGCAACGGGAGCUCAUCCCGUCGUGGGGAUUCAAACUGCCAACCUUCUGAUCGGCAAGUCCUAGGCUCUGUGGUUUAACCCACAGCACCACCUGCGCCCCUUGAUUGGAAUAAGAGGAGUGUACUAUUGAGGGAAGAAGCUAUUGGUGGGUUGUGUAUAUGUACCUACCACCUCUUGAAGAUCCCAGGACACCUGUACUUUAUUUUUUAAAACAUGGUCUUACAACCAAUUAGGAUUCUGGCUCCUGUCACCACUACAAUGCCAGGAUGACAGCCGAGCGAUUGGUUUUCUAAUGCGGAGACUCUCAGUUGCUGAGCCUGAUGAUAGUGUACUUUUUAGGCCUCCAAAAUCAAGGAUGCUAGCUGUUUUUAUAGGAUAGUGAACUAUAUUCUGCAGGAGCUAUGUAAUUAAACAGAGCCCUCAGCUGACCCUACAGUAGUUCACACCCAACCUUGGGUGUUGAGAUGUGUUUUAACCUAAGAGGAAACCAAGAGAAAAUCUUAGCUAAAUGCUUAAUUUCCCUUCUUUUCUUUUUUAAAAUAGCACGCUUUCUGGCCUGGAAAGUUAUUGCAGGUAGGAAUGUAAGCCACCUCAGCCACAAAGCUAAAUUUAAGAUUGUGGGAUCUCCAAUAAUUUUUAUGAAGCUAACUUUUGCUAGAGCUGGACUACUCACCUUCAAAGGAAAAAAAGAGGAGAACCUAUGACCCUCAAGAUUAUGUAGAACUCCAAACCACAUCAGUCCCAGCCAGCAUGGUCAGGGAUGAUGGGCUCUGUAGUUCAAAUAUCAUCUGAGGUGCCACAGGUUUCCCCUCCUUGCCUUAUGGUGAAGAAUUGAGUACAGAGACAAGACAAGCAGUCUACCUUUGCAUUCUUCUCAUCUUAAAUAUGAAAGUUUUGGGAGAAGUUUUUAAAUGGAUUGUGAAAAAGACUCAUGAAUAUAAGAGAAGCUAAUGAUAAAGCAAUAAAUCCUACAUUCUUAGCAACCAGUAAUUGAUAUGAAACACUUCUUGCACAGCGUUGUAAUAGGAAAUGCAUGCUUCUCCAUCUCCAUCAUUUGGCUAAUUCCAAUGAACCACACAGCAUAAUUCUUAAAAAAACAACAACACCUAAGUCACAGCUAUGACCCCAAUUUUAUUUAUUCUAAUUAAAAAUUAAUCUUACUGUGUUUAUCUUUUCAUUUGGGUGCUUUGAAAGGUCCUGUUUUAAAACACACUUUAAGAUUCUCAUCUGUAACCUAUCCUUCAUAGGAAGCUUACAUUUCCUACUUUCAGAUCACAUGUUCCAGGUUUUAUUUUGGGGUGAAAUCAAUGUCACACAUUAAUUAGCAGAUUUGAUUAAAUUAACAGCGGCAUUGCAGUUUUCUUUACAGAUGAGUAAUAUGGCCCAUUUUAGAGUCUACUGAAGAUAGUGUAGUCUUUUUUCUUUUCUUUUUUUUUAAGCAUGUGAAAAGUCAUCUGUUAUCUCAGGGUCAGAAAGCACAGUAUAACGAAGCAGUGCAGAGACUAAACCUUACUUCUGGAUUGUCUAUCCAUUUCUAGGGUUUAGACAUAGGUAAGGUAACUGAGACUAAAUCUGCAGGAGAUUAUCUGAAAUAAGCCAAGAAGCUUUCUCUGAAUUCUGAAAGUACCAACCUGAAUUAUCCCCUCCUGAGCUCAUAAACUCCCAACCUCCCUUUCCUCCUAUUACUUAUAGUAGAAUACUCUUCAAAGCCGCUUUUGUUUCAGCACGACAACUGUACAAAAGAUUUCAUACGCCCAGCAAUAAAUGUUCGAGGUCAAAUGGCAUAAGCUUACUUAGAGAUCUUAUAUGCAGAUUUGUUCUUUGUCUUUUGCCUGUCAGUAAACAGUGUUUGGGUGUGAAAAUAAAAGAACCUAUAAACAGAGAAACUGACAAAGUGUUAUGAUAGAAAGCAGGCAUACUAACACAACACUUUUCCUUGCUGUCCAAAGAUGUCUCCGCAAGUUUAACAGUUCAAAGUGACCUGCCUUUAUGAAGCAAUCAAAGUGAUCUACCUGUAAGGAGCACCACACAAACCUUGCACUUGUAUUGCCCCGUGUUUUCCCACCUUAUACCUUGCCAGUCCCAAGCUUAACAUUAUAAUAUGCGGUUUGUGCCAGGAUUUUAAAAUUAUAGCGUGCAAAAAACAGCAAAACACAAACACGAUCUAGACGAAGGUUACACAUUUUUAAGGGCCUAUUGAACUCAUUCAUUGCGACUUUGUUCAGAGUAAGCAUAGAAUCAUAGAGUUGGAAGGGAUCCCAAGGGUGAUCUACUUCAAGCCCUCUGCAGUGCAUGAAUAUGAUUAGGUAGCCCGUCCUGUUUGUUUCAAUGUGAGGGUAAAGCACCUGCCCAAUUGUGGCGGGCUGGUUUACAGUCUCUCUUCUGCCCACCAAUUCAUGGAGGCCCUGUGGUCUUACAGUCCUGCAGCUGCCCCCCAGUUUGUCAUGGAGGAGGCACUUAAGGGAAAUAGGGGAGGUGGUUUCUUGGAGGCACUGCGGGAGGCCGUUCCAGGCACAAUGACAACAUACCACAGCAACACAGAGAUGGAAAGAGAAGUGCCCGGGGCUUGAAGUGGCAGGGUGAUGCAAGUGAUAUCACUGCAGCAGCAGCACUAAUCCAGGGCAGGGUGUGUUGGAGAAGCAGAAGCGUCCAAAGGAGAGCACAGCAACAGUGAUACUGUUGAGGGGAAGCCAGAUUUUGCUGGUCAGGAAAGGAAAUGACCAUAAUACACAGAGCUUGCCUAUUGAGGUUCUGGGUACAGAAAUAUUAAAGCUAGAAGGAAAGCAGCAGUAACCUUAUGGUUACAGGCCGAGCUUCGGGAAUUGUGGAAUGGGGAAAGGGAAAUAGAUUAAGCAGUAGAUGACCAGGGGCAGAGGGAGUGAAGAAAACUGGGACUGUGAUGAGUUUGAGAGAAGCUUCCGGAGGGAAAGAGGAUUCUCAGCAUCAACAGUAGCUGAGAGGAGAUAUGAAAUUACACUGACGUGUGUCUUGUAGCUGAUGGUUGUGUUGUAUAUUCUGGCAUGUCACUUUUAGCCCAUCCUUGCUAUAUCAAAUUAAUUGAAUCUCUACACUGACUGGCAAUUUUUGAAAUCCCAGGGCACAGCUGUAUGGUCCACCCUUCCUCUUUCUUAAGUUUUCAGUCAAUUAAAUAAGAUUCUCCUAGACAUAUGUCAUUACCUCUCUGUUCCAGGUCAUCUUAAUUCAAAGGCAGUUGUUGACCCGUGAGCCGAGUUUUAAUGCAGAAGGAAAAUGAGUAGUCAGUGUUUAUGACUGAUCUCGUUUAAUGGGAAAAGUCAUCUUGAUGUCAUGCGUCCCAACAACUGCUGACUGUAUCAAUUUAAUCAGUCACAUAAGGAAAUGUUUGGCUUUUCUAAAUGUAGUGCUGCUCAGAUAGUCAAACACGAAAAACUGAAAGCAGAACCCUCUGCCUUAUUCGGUAAGUUUCUGUCUUCUGCCACAAAUUAAUAGGGUGGCCACAGGCAAACCAAAUCCAGUUAUGGAUUUGCCUUACAAAGUGCAUCAGGUCAUUAUCAUUAAUCACUGUCAUUAAGUAAACAUUUUGGGCUACAGCUCAUACAGAAAGGUUGAAUCUGUUUAUUAAGCUAUAAAUCCCAUUGGGGGUUACUGGCUAUAGACUAUGAGUGAUCCAGCUGUGAUCACAUGUGAUUAUGUGCUGCAGGAUUAGGCACUGGAUGGCCCUUCUAAUCAAGAUCUCACAUGAUAUAUUGUGAUAAUGUGUGUACUAUUUUGAAAUAAGCCUCUGUUGGCAAAAAAACAAACAAACCAGUGGUCUGUUAUUUGUUUUAUUUUAUUAGAUUUGUAUCCCACCCUUCCUCCCAAGAAUCCCAGGACAGCAGGUCUAGUCUUUGCAUCAAAUGCAGGUGUGUGUGUGUGUGUGUGUGUGUGUGUGUGGCAAACACAUAUAAGAAAUGCAGGUUUAUGUCUUUCUGUGCAGGGUAAUGGAUAAUUGGAUUUUAAAAUUUGCUAUACUGUCACAUAGCUUCUAAAUAGGAUCAAUAGAAAGAGUUUGGCUGUAUAAUAGGUGGUUGAGUUUUGCCCCAUGAACUAAGGUUUUCUCCCUUGUGCAACCUGUAGCCAGUGCUCACAGCUAUCUAUUAAAGUCCAAAUUAGUUGAUUUCAGUGGAUCUGUACAUGCUGAGCCAGCCUUGCAAAUGCUUAAAGCACAUACCUACAGUAGGGUUACAGAUACACUUACAGGUGUGUUGGAAGUAUUCUCAGAUAAAUACACUCCAACCUGUUGAAACUGCCAACUUUAAUGUGUUUUAAUAAAUAUGUAAAUAAAAUAUUGGGAUUUAUUUCGCGUUAAUGGGUUGUAUCCAAUGGGUGCUUUGCACUAGUGAAAAGCAUUUUGCCAGUCGCUCCGACUACCUUCAGUAUCAUUUCCCAAACUGUUCUAGAGGGUCCCUCCAACUCUCAGCCACACAUCUUUUGGAUGGCUACAGUGGAUUGGGGGUGAACAGGUAACAAAUAUUGAAACUGUGCCCUCUGUAAGCAUAAGAGGGUUUUUUUCCCUAAUUCAAAUCCAUUUGGAUGCAAUUUGGAAAGUUUUCAGAUAAUAGGGAUAAGAGGCAAUUGCAAGAUUAUGGAACGAAAAUUUGUGUCCUAUUAGCUGUAUUAGAGGGUGUGUGUGUGUGUGUGUGUGUGUGUAUAUAUAUAUAUAUGAAUGAUAGACCCCAUGACCCCAGAAUCUCUACUAGGUAUGUGGUUGUGGACAUCAGGUAUGGACACCAACAGCAUUUCUCUGUUACCACUUCCCCAUCUCUAAAUAUAUCACUGUAUCACACAGAUACUGCUGCCUUACAUAUCGCCGCAGCAGAUAUGCUAAAGGAUUACAAGGGGCUGAGAUCACUAUGGCAACAAAAUUCCUAUCAUUCUCUUACAGCUGCACUUCUCAAAAGAUAAGGCAGGCCUCCCCAAGGAGAUUGAAACGAUUGCUAGGGAGGCGCAGUCCAUGACAGAAUAAAUUUUUUUUAAAAGGGCAAAAAGUGUGGAGGAGGAUUUUAAAAGAAGCUGAAGUGGAGAGAAAGGGACAAUUCUUCUUAGAGGCUCAUUCAAAGGUGGUAAAACAUUGGCACCAAGACCCCUGACUACUAAAGGGGUUUCAGAUCACGUGCCAAGAGACUCAUGAAAAGCAGCCCUGGCUUGACUACGUCUUCCCACAGAUGCUGCUAGGCAAGGGGAGUCAUACACCUAGGAAAACGUUACAGGUUUGAUAGUCUCCUAUGGCAGAAGAAGUGAAGGGGUCCAAUCUGUGACUACUUGAGAGUCAGGGUACUGGAUGAUCUGGAACCAUUUCCAAAAUAGAACCAUAAAAUUGUAGAGUUGGAGGAUGUUCUUAAAGUCAGAAGGUGUUGUUUUGCUUGUUGGAAAAAGAAGAAGAAGAGUUUGGAUUUGAUAUCCCGCUUUAUCACUACCUGAAGGAGUCUCAAAGCGACUAACAUUCUCCUUUCCCUUCCUCCCCCACAACAAACACUCUGUGAGGUGAGUGGGGCUGAGAGACUUCAGAGAAGUGUGACUGGCCCAAGGUCACCCAGCAGCUGCAUGUGGAGGAGCGGAGAUGUGAACCCGGUUCCCCAGAUUACAAGUCUACCGCUCUUAACCACUACACCACACUGGCUCUCUGUUGGAGUUGAGCUCCAGUAGUAUUUGCCUGAGUGAAAAAGCCAUGAAAUGUGAAACUGGUGCCAAGCCUUUACAUCAGUAUUGCACAGGAGGAAAGCUAACCAUUUUUCUUCUCAUCCUAAAGAGGCAGGCUGUCAAGACCAUCCCUUUAGCAGACGGGCUAAUUUAUCUAGUUUAUGAUUUUUCGUUUUGGGCAGGCACCAAUUUUUUUUUGGGGGAGGGCACAUGUUCCUUGUUGCUAAUAUAGGAUCUCCCCAGUGCAGAGCUACUUUGCCAUGUUCAGCUAAUGAAUUGGCACACUUGAAUUGACACCCGUGGUAAUGUCGCUAUUGUCCCUCUCAGUCCUACUGCUAUAGGUAUCGAUGCACAGCCCGAAGCCAAAACACCCCUGACAGCUCUGCUUCGAACCUGGGGUUCCGCUGCGCAGCUGACACUCUGCCUGACUACUUAAAGUGACAAAGGCUGGCUGGCAGCUGUGGAGGACUGAAAGAUCUCACCCGAGGCGAGAAGCGCUUAAGGAAGAGAAGGACCGUGGCUCAGUGAAGGAUGUCUUGCUUGGAAAGAUGAAAACUGAAAUGCUGAACUUUCUGCUUUAAUGAACCUUGGCGGGAGGGGGGAAACAGGCUGGAUUUCCAUUUGUGUUUCCGGAAAUCUAGCACUGAUGUAUGGAGUAAUAACUUUGAUUGUUUUACGUCUGAGAAGUGAGAAGAAUUACGGCCAUGAAUUGAGGGGGUUCUCUCUUAAUAAGGAAAAGUAAUGUUUAGAAGCAAUUGGCUUCAACUAGGAGAUGGAUUUACAAAAGCAGGAAGUGAAAUGCUGCUUUAUUUCUUUUAAUAAUUCAGUGUGUGGCUUCCAAGUGGCCCCCCAAUACCAGAUAUGGCCUCCAGUGGCCAACUUCCUGCAAUAUUGGAAUCAACUUUUGUUUAAAUAGCUUCAUGGAUUACAGUCCUAAAUAUGCAGGCAUCAGUGUAUACAGUUUUAAUUAGUUGCAAAUAUGUUUUCAUAGAGUGUGUAGAAUCCUUAUAGGGGCUACAAAUGACCCAAAUUAGAAAAAUGUGCACAAACAAUGCAUUUAAUGUUUCCAGUUUAUCAUUGUUGCCAAAUCUAUGGCACUUUCACUAAGGAAUGAAACCUAUAUACAUUUAGUUAGGAGUAAUGUUGGCAUUUCUGGACCAAAUGUGAUUGUUGGUUGAAUGAAAGUGUUGGUGUAUGGAAUGAGGAGGGGCAGGGUGAAAAUCAGAAACAGUGUACAUCAGAGAUGGGAAACCUGGGCUCUCUAGGUGUCUGGAUAUUUUCUACCAAACUGCCAUUGAACUUUUGCACAUCAUUGACUUAUACUAAGGAUACUCCUUUUGCAAAAAGUUCCUUCUCUUGUCAAUGGCCCUUUUAGGGGGAAAAUACAUAAAAAAUAAUGAUAGGGAAAAUGAUGAUGAAAGUAAGUUGUGAGGCUUAAAUGUGCUAAUAUUGAGACCUAGCUAUAGAAUUUUGAAGCAGUUAGCUAAUAUCUUUGAUGUCACUCGGUCUGAGAACAACUGAUAAAGGUGGAAGCCAAAACGUUUUGCUGUAAGAAUUUAAAAUUUCUGUCUUGUUUCUAGUCACUAUAAAGUGUGUGUGUGUGUGUGUGUGUGUGUGUGUGUAUACACGCUAGUCUUCUGGUUGUAAAUGGUUUUAACUUUUAACUUAUUUUGAUUCUGCAUUUUAUAUACAGGUAGUUGUAACCUACUCAGGAACCUUAUGAUGGGUAAGAAAUACAGUAAAUCAGGCAUAACCAAUGAAGUGCCUUCCAGAUGUUUCUGGAUUAUAACUCCUGACAUUCAUGACCAUUGGCCAUGGGGCUGAUGGGAGUUGGAGUCAUAAGCACAUCUGGUGGGCACCAUGUUGUUAACCCCUGAAAUGCCAUUACUGCUAAGGGAUAGAGAACCUAUGGCACUUCAGCUGUUGUUGAAUUCUAAUUUCUGUCAUGCCUGACCAUUGGCUGCUGGGGGUCCAUCUGGUGGGCCACAAGUUCCCCACCUUUGACUUAAAAUGUUUCUAAUCAUAUGAAUUAAGCAUCUGUUAAUGCUAAGCAAGCUGGUGUGCUGUAAGCUUCUCACAUUUCAUGAUGUUGUAAAAUACAUGGUUUUAAAUUCAUUUAAUUUGAGUAGCAUAUUCAUUUUUGCCUAUCUAUUCUACUGUUUUCCAUUCUUCUUCCAAAGAAGGAUAUUGUAGCUGUUUGGUGUUUUGAUACAAUAGAACUGGAUGCCACAGAGACAUUUUCACUGUAAAACCAUUUAGGGUGGAGUUCUGGGUAGUAAAUGUACAGAUUUUGACCUUGGCAGAAUAACCAACCCAAACCAUCAAAGUGACAUGUGUAAUGGAAACUGCCAGUAUUAGCUUGUAUAUACCUGCACAUGGCGUGGCCUUGUAAAUAGCACAAAACUGAGACAAACUAAGUUAAUCAACAGCAAACACUUGGAUAGUUUUGGCCUUGGUUUCCAUGUGUAAAAUGGAAGUAAGAAAAAUUUUCACUGGGGUGAAUGAGACAAGGAUGUUAAAGUGCUAGAAGGAUUAACAAUCACCACAGCCUCAUUCUGCCUAAUGGUAGGGCCAGCCCUGUAUUUGUUUUGCUGACAGUGGGGCAAGUUACAGCAAAGUGCUGGAAAACUGAAGAAGAAAUAGCUUUGACUAUCUGGUACCGUCUAGACUACAUUGUUAGCAGAGAAGCUUAUUAAGCAGAUAAGAGUAGCAUGAGCUUGUGUUGCAACAGAUGACUUUUUGCAAGAGUGGCACUGCUUUAUACCUCAUAUUAAUCAUCACUAAAGCCACCAGCUACCCACAACGACCUCUGCAAGGGCAUCUUCAGAUGCCAGUUUUCACAAAAUGCACAGAAUAUGAAGCAAACCUUUACCACAAAUAGACACUGAGAAAUUUGUAGCAGACUUCUGUAUCUAAUUGUCUUGUUAAGAAAAGCAUUAAGAAGUUCAUGUCAGAAGUUUAGCAUAGAAGUUUGAACAUGUCCAGCACUCAUUCCUGCUCAUUCCUGCCACUAUAAUGCUCAGGGAUUUCUUCACUAUACUGGAUCUCAUAUUGAAAUCCAUUGAUAAUUAUUGAGCAGUUUCACCCAUCUUCAGCUUUCUAGCAAAUACAUUUAAAGGUUGACAACGCAGUCAAGAUUGUUGCCUGGAUCAAGCAAUGUGCUUUGUUUUCCAUGUUUCUUUGGGCAAGAAAAGUGUUUCCCCUUUUUCUUCCUGGUCCUGCAAUUUUCUUUUAAAAAUACAAAAUCAAAAUAAAUAAAUCAUGGCUUCUAAUUAAA